AUGGGAAAAAAGGGGUCGGGCAGAGAUCAUGAGGACUACUGUAAACACACAGCCAAUGCAAUCCAGACAGAGCAAGCAUCGCAUCAGCUCCCGGAGCAGCCUGUCUGCAGCCACAGCCCUGCCAGGUGAGUGUGUAGCCUGUCUGGCAGACAGUGGUCGCCCAGUGACAGCCUGCAGGAUUCCAUGCUGAACUCUGGAUCAGAUAGGGGUAUAUAGCAAUCCGUGCAAUGGGUAGAUCUGCUGGAAGGAAACUUUUUGGCUUGUGCCUGUUGUAACGCUCUAUAGAAGGGGGUGUGUGUCUGCAUGCCAUAUACUGUGAUGUAUAGGGGAUGAUGUAUACACAGUAAUGCUGGGGCAAAGUUCUAGAAAGUAGAGCUGUCACCUUGGAAACCAAUGGAAUGUUAAUGCUAAUUACCCCACUUUUAGGACUUUGCACCAUAAUUUCUCUUAAUACAUAGCCUCCAGUGUACUCUGUAUCGGUCUUCUAUCUGUAAGUAGCUUGUGGGCAGUUUUGUAUCGAUAUUGUUACCAUGAUGUAUGUGAGAUCAGUGUUUCCUAACACUGCAGGUUGGUGUGAUCUAUGCAAGAUGGAAUAUGGAGACUUUUAAUAAAUAAAAUCAUAUGGUAAACGUCUCAAUUUAUAGUCUCUCUUACCCCCGAUUUUUGUGAUGUGAUGGGCAAAAAUAGUUCACAGUCACUAGCUAGGUAUGCUAUGCUCUUCUUGUAUGACUUACAGUAAAACGAGUGUUUGGAAAAUCAAUCUAUUUUGGGAUUAUAUGAGUUGUAUUAUUGUAUUUUUUUUGUUGGUAUUGUUAUUUUUUAUCUAGGGUUAAGCUUAUUAGCUUUGCAUAUAUUGGUAGUAUUUUAUUGUAAGUGGAUUCAAAACGAAUUGCAAAAUCAAUAAUGAGCCAUUUACAUUAUUUGUAUCUUCAGUGGAGAAAACAAUUCAACAUUUUUCUUUUUUUUUGUAUGUAGAAAUAAUGUAACACUUUUUUGGGAUUUUAACGGAUUAAUAUUUGGUGUGUACUAUUUGCCAGCAUGAUAACAAAAAUCUAUCCAAUCCUAAUGAUGUGCUUUUACUUUAUCAAUAAUGAUGCAUUGCAUUGUGUGUGUAUGUGUGUAUGUAUAUGUGUGUGAAAAAAGUGCUUCUGAUCAUCUGCACUGUAUGCAGUACUUAGAAAUAAGGUUCUGCUACUCUGUUGUAGUGACAGCCAUCACAAAAAAAUAAACAAAUUGAAAUAUUUCUUUGUUAAUCUUUUAGGAUAUUAUAUUCUUUGUGAUAAAGUAAAAUACGAUAUGUCUGGUAAAUAACGUGUUUCUGAUUGCUCUAAUAUAUGUACUUUAUGAGAUAAGUUACAUUACAUGCUGCAGCUAUGGGCAUGUGAUAUUAUGAAAUAUUGUACAGCAUAUGAUAUAGCUUAAAGCGUUACUUUAUUACACUAAUGGACAUGUUAUAUCAGAAUGUAAAUAUCAGGAUAUUCCCUGCAGUAGUGUAUUCACUUGGCAUUGCAUUAGUGUUGAUAUAUGACAGAGCUUAAAAGGGAGUGGCGAUUUUUUUCUUUACAAACUGAAGAUAUCUCAAUUGCUGAGAAUGGCUUAUUAAUGCUCAGGCCUAAUACAUGGGGAAAAAAAUUACUGCUCUUGAAACAGCUAUAAUGUAAACAAUGGCAGAGUCCUAAAGGACUUUAAUGAUUAUUCGGAAAUCUGCUAUUGGCAUGUAUUUUGCAAAACAUUUGUUUUUUUAAAGGCUGUUAUUAAAGGGACAAUUUAGGCACACGGACCACUUCAGCUCAUUGAACUGGUCUGGGUGCAUAUUCCCAAGUCCCUUAACCGUUGAAAGGUAAUUAUUGCAGUUUUUAAUUAACUGCAAUAAUUACCUUAAUGGGUUAACUCCAACUCUAGUGGCUACCUACCAGACAUCCACAAGAGGGACUUCUGGGUCGUUAGGCGACCUUUGGCCCCCUAACUAAUGGUGUAUGUACUUACACUGUGCAUGAGGACAUCCAGCCACACCUGAAACCCAAUAGGGAAGCAUUGCAUAAUGCUUUCCAAUGGGGCUGUUCUAAAGCAUGCGCAUUAGGUCUCUCCCACUGGCUGACUACGGCAGGGGUGGAGCGAAGUCGGACCCCGAACCAGGGCCAAGGGACAUCGGUGCUGGACUCAAGUGAGUGACAGGCUUUUUAACCCCAGCUUCACCACAGGGGGUGGGGGUGGGGAGCACUAUAAAGAGAUAUAGUGCCAGGAAAACAACUUUGUUUUCCUGGCACUAUAGUGUUCCUCUAAAGGGACAUUACAAUGUACCAUAACUACUAUGCUCUUUAAAUAGAUUAUAGGGCAAAGGUAUUUUGUUUCUGUCUCAUCUAUGUCUGGAAAGAGGAAAGAAAAAAACAACUGUCUGUACCCUGACAUCACGGGUGAAUGUUUCAGUUUUCUUGACUGUGCAAUUACAUUUAUGGCAUGAGAUGCCAACCAAAUACUGAUUGAUACAACUUACUUAUUACCCACUCAAGCCUUGGUGCCUGUUAUAGGAAUCCAGCAGAUGACAUAUACAAUAAUCCUUUAAAGGGUUACUCUAAGAACCAUGACCACUUCAGUGAUUUAAAGUGGCCAUGAUGCUUGACGACUGUAUGUGCAGUGUUUCUAUAUGAAAUGCAGCACAUGCGGAGUUUAACCUAUUUGCUGCCAGAGGUGUAACUCCAUCUCUGUCAGGAUCAUUGGGGAGUUAUUAGCCAGCCCAGAACAAGAAUUCCAGGCUUGCUAAUGCCAGUUAUGUGCAGAUUUAUAUGUACAGAGUUGGAUUAGAGUGGAUGUUGGAAGCAUUGCAGCAGAGGAGACCAGGCUCCUUGCCUGGACACAGGAAAUAGGGCAAAUCAUUGCAAAAAGUUUUACCCAAUUAGCAAGAAACAGCUCCAGGGUACUGCUUCCAUUUUACCACUACAGGAACAUUGAUGCAUUGAUCUUUAUGAGGAGAUGCUAAUUGACCAGAGCUGGGUUUGGCUUGUGCUGGUUCUGGCCCUGCCGCACUUCCUUGGCAAUGUCAGUCAAUCCAAUGCUUUUCUAUAGGAAAGCAUUGUGAUUGGCUGAGAACAUAAUUUCUGCCAAGGGGGCAGAUCAGGGGCAGAGCCAGAAGCAGCAGACUGGAAUAAAGGUAAGGUUUUACCAUAUUUAAGGUGGUAAUGGGGGGCCAGAUGGCAUUUUUAACACUGAAAUGUCAGGAAUACAUGUUUGUGUUCAUUACCCUAUAGUGUUAAUUUAAACAGUCCUGUAAAACUACCAAAUGGCAUCUGAUAUGUUGUUAAAACAUUUUGUUUCCCCUAGUAAAUGUAGGAGUUACCACUUCUUUAUUGUGCUGCAAUGUGGAUAGAACAGGUUUGGGACAACGAGCUAGCUUGAUGGCAUAGUGGCUUCUUUCUGGUCCUGUCUUACUAAGAUUGUAAAUAUGCAUUAAUCACAUAAACCGACUUGAUCUACAUGUUGAUGCUCAGCCACCUCACCUUUUCACAUGUUGCAGAAUAUUUUGUGACAUGUUGUUCCAUUAGAGCCUGCAUAUUAUACCAGGCUAUUUGAUCAACUGAUGCUUACCUAAUGUUUAUCCUUUAUUGGUCUCAUGAACUUUUAUCCUAUUUGGUCUGAUGAACUACUGAUCGAUUUCCAGUUAGACGGUUAUUCUACAGAUAUAAGCUGCACUCCCUAAGCUGAGUUAGUUGCUCUGUAAAAUGCAGGUUGAAAUAUUACAGAUCUCCCAAUUUAUUGGAUAAUCUUUUAGUUACAAUAGUCUUCUCUUGUUUUCUCUUUUUUUCAAAAUUGCAAAUUUUACCAGGAUUUUAAGUGUCAACUACUGUUUACUUAUUUAUUGGUUAGGGAAAUUGCAUAUUAAGUAUUAUAGCUGCUUUUGUAAAUUGAUUGUUAUCACAUAGGUGUGGAUAGUUCCUAUUGCAUUAUUUUGUAUCACUUACUGUAACAAGUGUCUAACUCAAAAUUUGACUUUUCUGUUAUUGUUUAACAUGACUAUCAUUGUCAGUGGUGAUCCUUAGUCAUAGGAUAAUGAAUACUCAGUAAAAUAACUAUUAUCUGACAUGCUGUGAAAAAGACAUUCAAGCUGUCUUGCCUGUGCUUUGCCAAGGGAGGUGGGAACACAAAAAAACCUUAUCAAACUGUCAUAAAUCUUAAAUUAUAGUUGUAUGAUUUGUGUAUAUGGUUCCUGCGUUAAAAGCUUUAGUUCCAAUAUCCUGUUUUGUCAGUACAGCAUGCAAACUGUCUGCAAUGUUAUAAUAGCAUUUUUUAAAUGGUUACGUGGUUAUUGCUGUGUGUCAUUUGAAAAUGGCAGGGUGACUUUUUUUUGUAAACAAUAAACUUUUUCUCAGCAGUGUGUGCUAAAUUAAAGAUUCCACUUUUAUUUUCUAUACAUAUUUGCUGUGCUUUUAUGUGCUCGGCCACAGUACCAAUUAAGCCCAGAAAUUUCUGUGUGUUUUGGGUUUGAUCAAAGUUUAGGAUGAGAAUUGUGUGGCUAUAUCUGGAUGCACAUACCAAAAAGCAAACAUAAACUAGCAGUAACAUGUAUAGCUUUGUUUUGCUUGCCAAAACGGAAUUUAUCAUCUACAACGUCCAUGUGACAUUGAACCCUAUACAAACAACAAUAUUUGUUUCUAACAUCUAGGAACCAUGCUAGCAGCAUAAUUGACAAAUACAUUUUUUUAAGUCACUGCUGCUAUAAGCUUGCCCUCAGCUGAGAUACGGCAAAGGGGAAAUCCAACAAGUGCCUGUUCUGUUACCAUUCUAAAAAUGAGCAGGCACACACAACAAAUCAGGAAAAGUCCAGAGUGUUGCACUCUUCAUUCACUCAGAAAUUAAGAAAGAACCGGGCACUGAAAUGGACUAAAGCUAAGGUAGAUUUAUUGAAGCAUACCAUGCAACUUUUCGGCUGACAUAGUGCCUUCUUUCAGUUCACAUGGACUUAUAACCUAAUUUAAGGUGUGACUGUCCCCUAUCUAUUUUGAGGAUAUGGCUGUCUAGUUAGUCCUAAUAAAAAAAAUAAAUCCUUAAAUUUCCUGAGUUAUAUACCGUGAUUUGGUUAAACUUUGCACAGCUCAGAAAUCCAGCAUUCAUGUGACUUAGAUGACAGCAAUUUCAAACCGAUUUCAUAAAGUAUAGGUAAUACUUGACACUCUUUAAUUGUUAUCAUAAUGAACUGAAAAAAUCUUUAAGACAUGUUCUUUACUGUAGGAAAACCUAGAUGCAUUUAUGUAUUGUUGCUGUGAUAUGCUAAAACGCAAUCUAGCUAGCCAUUUUUUUUUCUUCAGAAUACUAGUUCCUAGUUCCAAAAGUGGAAAAUUUAAAAAAAAUUAUAUCUGUUUUCCUGUAUUUAAUUAAAAUCAGUAUUCCUUUAUGAAUACAAAGUACUCUUAAUUCUAGUGCUGGGAAUAAUACCUCUAAAGAAAUGUUAACAUUUUGUAUUUUGUUUUUCAUUUCACUACAAUGCAAUGGUUUAAUUAUGUGUGUAUAUAUAGCUAAUGUAGCCAAAUUACUGGAUUUACACAUUUUCUGUGUUUUUAUUUGACUGAGCUACUCAAAUUACUGGACACAGAUUUUUGGAAACCAUAUAAGAACCAUAAAAAACUUUUUUUUUCUCCCUCCUCUUAAAGGUACACUAUAGUGUCAGGAAUACAGACAUUUAUUCCUUACAAAGUACUGGAAUGCCUUCCCUUCUGUGCAGAUUAAAGUGGCACUGUCACCGCCUUGGGAAUUUGUCAAAUUUGCUAACACACCCGACCGUGACAUCGCCACUGGAGUCCCGUGGUGGGGGAGGGAGGGAUGUGCAGGUAAAAGUGAGAUUUACUUACCUGAACCUGUCCCGGGAGCAGCCGUCCUGAUCUGGCGGGUCCUUUUCCAAGACUUUUGUGAGUACGGCAUUUAGGUCUAUGGAGAAUCCCUCAAGAGAGUCCCUUCUUUGUCUUAAUAUAUCUUUUGAAUGUGAAAUUCCAACAGUCAAUCUGAGUAUAUCAUACAGGUUACAUUUUUAUUAAAUAUUAUUCUUUUAAUAUAGGGGGUGAGAGAGCCGCUGUAAUAUGCACCAGACACAAAAGGCUCUUUUGUAGGCAGCUCAAACUCUUAUUUAUGUGUCAAUUUUUAAACAUAUAUAUGUGCUGUAUUGUAUGAUUUAGCCUUUUUGGGUGGUCUUCACUGCCAAGGUUUGGUAAGUGUAGCGCAUUCAGUGAUUCUGCUGCAUGAUUCAUGGAAAUUGGAGAACUUAUUUUAUUUAUUUUUUUAAUUUGACAAAGAAUAAACAUAAUAAGCAAGUUGUCCAUUUCAAUUAGGCUUCAUAAAACUCUGAUUCACCUCUUUGGUAUGGCCUACAGCGAGCCCUGAAGAAAUAUGUUCAGCUCUCCUUGAGGCAGGGGAUGGUUACACACUUUUUCUAUUACUUGCUAGAUGAUGGCAGGAUUAACUGUCAGAAAAAAAGAUCUGUUCUCAUAAAAUAAUAUAGCCAUUUAUUGAAAAUUGUAAAAUCAGUAUUUAUAAAAGUAGUCUGGUAAUCAUUUUUUGCUCAGACUGGGGGCAUAAGCACAUUAUUACACUAUUUGUCAGGAUCAAUAAACCCCUUUCUUUCUUGGAGGGCUAAUGCAUUCUGCAUUACUGCUAUCUCUUCUGAAUAAAAGAUGGAUAUAGUUCUAGAAGAUGUGAAGAAUUUAAAUUCAUUUUCUUUCUUUUACAAUAUAAUUGCAGAUUUUAGAUAAAUUGUCCUCUCCAGAUUUAUUUCUAUAAUCCUAUGAGGUAUGUUAGUUUCAAAGACUAGAUCCAUGGGAAAGUUUGGAAAAAUGCAGUGCGCACCAGCUUAAAUAUUCCCAUAUUUAAAUGAAUUGCACAUCUACUGUGAUGUUGGUAUUUUUCAUCAUACAUGUUUGCACAAUGUUUUUUGUGUGGUUUAUUUAGACAUCUAUUAAGUAGGCAGCAUUUCGAUACCCAUUAGAGUUGUGUAUUUUUUUGUUUUUGUUUUUUUCCUGUAAGAUAGGCAUCACUUGUUGAAAAAUUUUCCAUUUGUAGAAUGGAAAAUGUUUCAACAAGUGAAUGGCUGAAUGAACAUUACCAAAAUAUAUUGUGGAGUGUUAUUGAGAUUUCACAAGUGAUUAAUGGAACACUAUAGGGACAGGAACACAAACAUGUAUUCCUGACCAUAUAGUGUUAAAAACACCAUCUACCCCCCUGGUCCCUCCUUGACUCCCUAAAUAUAAUAGAAUCUUACUUUUACUCCAGUCUGCUGCUGCUGACUGUGCCCCUGAUCUGCCUGCUUGGCUGACAUCAUCAGAAGUGAUUCUAUCAGCCAAUCACAAUGCCUUCCUGUAGGAUUGACUGAGAAUGCCAAGGAGGCAGGUCAGGGGCAGAGCCAGCACAAGCCAAACACAGCCCUGGCCAAUCAGCAUCUCAUUAUAGAGAUACAUUGAAUCAAUGCAUUUCUAUGAGGAAUGUUCAGUGUCUCCAUGCAGAAGGUGGAAACACUGAAUGUCAGUCACACUGUGUAACACACUGUCCCAGGAAGUUCCUCUAGUAGCCAUCUGACGAGCAGCUAGUGGAGUUAUCCCAACCUGCUGCUACUGGCUCUGCCCCUGAUCUGCCUCCUUGGCUGACAUCAUCUGAAGUGAUUAUCUCAACCACUCACAAUACUUGCCCAUAGGAAAGCAUUGGAUUGGAUGAGAUUGUCAAUUCUGAUAAGCUCAGCCAAGGAGGCGGGCUGUGAGCGGAGCAUCUCUAUGCAUCUCUAUGAGGAAAAUUCAUUGUCUCCAUGCAGAGGGAAGCACCUGUAGUAGCCAUCUGGGGAAUGGCCUAGGCUGUAAUGUAAGCACUACCUUUCUCUAAAAAAAAAAUUGUUUUUAGCAGAAAGCUUGAAGGGAAUGAGUCUGCCCACCAAAACAAAUACAAUAAGCUCUAGUUGUUCUAGUGACUAUAGUGUCCCUUUAAUAAAACUGACAAAUUUUAAUUACGCAAUUUCACCCCAUGUGUUGACCAUAUUCGCUAUUUAAUUCAUCAUUUUUAUUCAUUCAUUUGUUUCCUUUUUAUUCAAAAUGUAUUCGUGGGGUAAUAGUAACUUAGCUCAGGGUUUAGAUGUAAUCUGAAAACUGUCAUUUUGGGGUCCAAAAAAUAUCUCUCCCCUCUCUCUUAUUCCUUGCAUUCAUGAUGUCUUUUUGGUACAUUGUUUAGUGUUUGUUCUUAUAUAUUUAUGUUUAAGGACUGAACGGGCUUGUUUUUUUCUGAUACAACAAUGUGAGGUGUGGAAGUGGGACAGCUAGGCCAGUCUGUCGACAAUGGAUGCAUGUCUAAGUCUGCCAUGUGUGCACUGCAAGUGGAAAGACAGGUGCUCUUGCUAGCUCAACUCAGGGCAAACCGUGCCUAGCACACUCUUGUAGAGCUCUGCCCAUGGUGUUUAUGGAUUGAGGUCAGUGGCCAGUUGCCCCGUUGCCCCCCCCCCCCGAGAUUCUCCCAUGCCGGCUAAUGCAGGGCUGGCAUUGUCCAAGUGCCUGCCCUGCCAUGUGCCUGCGGACCGAGGAGGGAGAUCAGAGAGAUCAGAGAUCUCCCUCCCCAGUCCGCAGGCGCAUUGCUGCCAGCCGACAGGGGAGGGAGGGAGAGAGGGCACGGGAGCUCAGCCUGCAGCUCCUCCGGGUCCUACCCUCGCGAGCACGGAGCAUUGCCACGGUUGCCCUGGAGCUACGGGCUAGAGUUCACUCUAACCACUGGAACCACCAGGGAUACCCCACGGACCACCAGAGAUCAAGAAACGUCCCCUCUCCUCCCUCAGUAAAAAUAAGGUAGGGGGGACAUAAAUGUAUUUAUUUUAUUAAAUAAAAUAAAAAACAUUAUUAAAAAGCCUCCCUACCCUCCUUCCCCCCCAUACACACACUGCCCCCAUACACACACUGCCCCACAAACAUUGCCCCCCCAUACACACACUGCCCCACAAACACUGCCUCACAUACACACACUGCCUCACAUACACACACUGCACACCCAUAGCCACAUUGCUCCCACACACAUACACUGCACACCCAUACACACAUUGCCCCACAGACACAUACAGUGCCCCCCAUACACACACUGCAACACACACACAUACAGUGCUCCCUAUACACACACUGCACACCCAUACACACAUUGCCCCACAGACACACUGCCCCCCCAUACACACAUUGCCACACAUACACACAUUGCCCCCCAUACUCACACUGCCCCCAUACACACAUGGCCUCCCACACACACAGACAGUGCCCCCACACACACAUAUAGUGCCCCCCAUACACACUCUGCCCCAAACACACAUACAGUGCCCCCCACACACUGUGCCCCACAUACACACUGUCCCACACACACAUACAGUGCCCCCUUACACACACUGCCCCAUGCACACAUACAGUGCCCCCCCAUACACACAUACAGUGCCCCCAUACACACACUGCCCCAAACACACAUACACUGCAAGCCUCACACACACACACUGCAACUCUCAAACACACUGCCCCCUCACAUACACACUGCACCGCUCACACACACUGCAGCUCUCUCACACACACACACUGCCCCACACAUACACUGCCCCCUAACACACACACUGCAGCCCUGACAUACACUGCCGCCCUCACGCACUCACACACACACUUCACCGCUCGCACACACACUGCACCUUUCACACACACUUCACCACUUACACAUACUACUGCUCCUAUGCCCUAUAUCCCAGCAGACCCCAGGUAAGUUGUCAAACUGUUCUUAAACGGUUUGACUACUUACUCUGAGAUGGGAUCCUGGCACUACUGGCACCAUAACUACUAUACUGAGUUGUAGUGGUUAUUGUGCCUGGAUUAUUUCUUUAAAUAAUCCACAAUUGCCCCUCCCAAGAUCAGGCUCUGGAUCCGCCACUGAUUGAGGUUACUCAGCAUGGCGUAUGUCUAAUGAUUCGUUCGUGCUGUUUAGAUGUCACUGAGACCAGCUUUCUGAUGACACCAUUUUAAAUGGCCUUACUACACAGUACGACACCAAUCACAAAGUUCAUAAGUUGUGUUUGUGGACACAAAGAGGUUAAACUGCAGCUGUUAGAGGAACUUGAUGCCCCCUUUAUUUGAUACAGAGAUCUUCCUACAUAUGGUGUUUAUCUUAAUAACUUUUUAUUACUAUUACUAUUGGAUUACAUGCAUUGUGUUGGUUAAUUAGACUGCAAAAGUCACAUUUGUUGCAUGGGGCAGCAGGGUGGACGGGGUAAACUGGUGGAAAAUGGUUUAUUUUCAUGAGUAAUUUAGCUCUUUGCUUAGAGAACCCUCUGCCAUAUAUAAUUUACAUCUGUUGUCUACAGAAAUGUUUAUGAUAGGUUGGAUAUGUGGUACUCUAUGAAAGAAAUGUUCUUUUUCUUUUUUAUUAUAUGUGGUGUUUCCAAAACUGUCUAAGUGAAGGGCUGUGUUUAUGUCUGCUAUGAUGUGGUUAAGAUGUUUGGUGUCGAACUUUAAAUAGCCUGCAUACUUUAUGAUCAUUAAGUUUUUUUUUCCCUUCAAACUUCAAACAAGCAAGUGUUGGCCUCUAAUUUCAUACCAUGGCAUGCAGGUUUGCAAAGAAGCUCUAAAUGUAGGAUUUCAACAGACACGUCUUAUAAUUGAAGCUUCUUUUUCUAGAUCAAAAUUGACAUUUUGAUUCAUCUUGAGUCUAUACAAAGUGCUGCCACCUGGCUUCCUUUCUACAAGUUUCUUUCCUCAACUGCUUUACCACUCAAAGCACUACACUGCCUUCACAUCAAACCAAGAAUAAGAUUUCAACUCUUGGCUUAAAAAUCCCUCCACAACUCCCUCUGAUUUCUACCAUUAAUAAUAAGUAUAUACCCUCUUCAGCCCAUGCAUUCCUCUUUUAUAAUUAUCUCAACAUCUCCUACUAGAUGUUAAAAGGUAACUGGCACUUCUCUGUAAUUAAUUAUACCUUAUUGAUAAUCACCUUAACCUUCUUUUCAUGAGACAUUCUGCUUUCCUUUACAUUUUGAUUAAAGAUUUAGCAAAUUACAUUACAGUUUCUCUAUGCUGGCUGCCAGCAAGCGUAGAACAGAGUUUGUAAUAAGGAUUGACAGGGAUGGAAAUGCCCAACUGUAAAGAGGUGUAGAUUUUUGACAUUUAAUUUAUUUUCACAUCAUCUACAUAUUCUUUAAAUAUAGGGUAUAAGUAAACACACUGGCAACUGACCGUUCCCCUUUAGUUGCAUCGAGUACAAGACUUUCUUAGAGCUGCCCUUUGUUUCUUACCACCUAAGUCUUAGGAGACUUUAUCUUGCCGUGAAAUGUAUCUGUCUUGUUGUCUACACUCCCGGUAUUGCCACUUCCACAAAAAAAGCCUUAAAGGGUUACUCUAAGAAUCAUAACUAUCACAGUCCACAGUAGUGUUUAUGAUGCAUGGAGUCUAGGACUACCCUUAGCCAGUUCCCUGAUGAUGGGGCAACCCGUUUAGCAACGGUUUGCAGUCUUACCUGGGUUCCCGCUCCUAAUUCCUCUGGUGAUGUGCUUUCAACUUCUGCGGAGCUGAACGAUAUCACCAUGCACUCGGCUCACUUACAGCAUCACCUUGUUACCAAGAAUAUGGGUGAUCUCAUUCUGUAGAACCUGUAGCCGUGUCCACUCUUCUUGAUGAUCUGGCUAAGGGGGUUGAGGCCUAUGCAGAACAGCACUGGACCCCAGGGAAAUAGAGACCCCACGCCAGCACUCCCAGCACUGGGUGGAGUGAAAUUUAAAAACAAUAAUAAAUUGUGUGUGUUUGUUAAGGAGUUUGUAUGUGUGUUUGUCAGUGUGUGUGUGUGUGUGUGUUUGUCAGUUAGAGUGUAUGCGUGCUUGUCAGUGAGUGUGUAUGUGUGUCUGAAUGUGUCAUUGUGUUUAUCUGUGUGUCAAGGUUUGAGUGUAUGUCACUGUGUGUAUAUGAGUGUGUGUAUGUCAGUAUGUUUGUAUUGGUGUGUGUGUGUGUAUGUGCUAGUGUGUAUCUGUGUGUCAAGGUGUUUAUCUUUGUGUCUGUGUGUAUAUGAAUGUGUGUGUAAGUGUCAAUGUUUUUAUAUGUGUGUCUGUGUGUUAAUUAUGUACGUACGUACAUACGUACGUAGGUGGCAUACAUACAGCAAUCAUAUGUGCAUACAUCCCAGCAAUUAAACACCAUCCCAGCAAUCAAACACAUAUAUGUGCAUACAUCCCAGCAAUCAAACACCAACACAACAUGCAAACACACUCCAGCAAACACAAACAUUACAUACAAAAACCCCUGGAUUAAAAUUUCAAAUUUAUAUACAAACACACCCUUCACUCAAACACUAAUACUACACACAAAUGUACAUCUGCAUUUAAAAGCUAAUACUACAUCCAAGCACACUCCUACAUGCAAACACACACCUGUAUCAAACCGCUAACAUUAUAUACAAACACCAACUGUACACACAAAAGCACACCUGCUCCUAAGUACUACGACCUGUUUACUAUCUGCGCUACGGCGGCCAAACAUUUUUGGGGUUCCAUGUUGUUAGCGCAUUAUGUCAAAGGGUUCCACGGGAAAAAUUAAUUGGUAACCCCUGCUCUACACAAUAUCUGUGUAAAAAAAAUCAAGCCGAUAAAUUUGAACUGUGGACAUUGCACAUAUUAUAUUGCAUAAUAUUUUAAAAUAACACGAUUGUGGAGUAUGCACCAAUACACUAAACUACUUUAAAAAAUGAUGGAAUGCAAUUUAAAGGAUAUCCUUACACACUGUACAAAUUGGGGUUUGGUAGUAACUUGUGUUAAAUGAAAUUUAAAAUACACACAUUACAGAUAUGCAUUUUAUGUAAGAGAGAUGGGUAUAUUUUUAUAUGAAGAGCACUGUGACAGCCGUCUGCAGAGAAAGCACUUUUAAGUACCGUUCUGCGAUCACAAAAUUUUUUUUUUAAAAAUUCUUGAUUCUUUGAGAUGCCAAGAUGCAUUUGGAUGAAGAGUGGCCUUAUUUUAACUGGAAAUCUUUCAAUCAAUUGGUCUUGUGCACUUAAACUAUUUUGAAUGCUAUAAAUAUUGAUUUUGAUUAUGACAAGUAAGAAGUCGCUGUAGCUUUCUUUUUUGACCUUGCUGUUUAAAUUGUUUAAAUAUUUAAAACAGUUAACCAAAUGUUUGUAAGACUGCAUCUUGUUAAACAGAAUCUAUCACUAAAAACACUUUCAAAUACACGCGUUGAAAGGAGCGGAGACAUGUUGUGUGCCAAAAAGUACACGCAGACCUGCAUCUGCUGCUAGCUUGCAACACUAAGUGAAGAGUGUGAGCAGCCUUAAAGUGAACCUGUCAAUCUAGUUCACCAUUAGCUAUAAAAAGGAAGUAAAUAUAUAAUUAAUUGAUAAUCUUAUUAGUUUUGUUAGGUGUUAGUGUUACUUUGUGCUGCUCCUUCCUCAAGUACCGCUAUUUUCCGAGGUCCGUGGGUGUUACGCUGCUGCACCCUCUCUGUAGAUAUUGGCCCAGCUUGUACACAUUUUUUCACUGAUGAUGCAUCAUUGCCAGAACACUUAAGACACACAUGUUUAAAGCAGGCCCAGGAUUGGUUCAAAUGUGAAUUAAAAGUUUGGAUCACAUUGACUGAUUAUGACACUCGCAAAUAGGGGGGCACACACAGAGUGCUAAAUUAUUUUGUUGUUUUAUUUAAGUUGUAGCAGUGUAUAAAAAAAGUCGUUCUUUCUGUAUUUGUAUUUUUUAUUUUUUUCACCCAAUGUUUUUAUAUAGGCUGAUAGUCUUUCAUGAUAUUUUAUGUUACUUUGAAUGAUAAAGAAUAUACAGGAGGUAUAGGAUGCAGUAAGAAUAGGAAUAGUAUAUCUUGUUGUAAGUUUAAAAGGAGGAACAACUCUGCCUGCUCCUAAGUAUUAAUUAAUAUUGCAGAAAUGGCAUCUUGUAACUGAUUCUCCAGAGAAACACUUGAUUUUCACCUGCUCUGUACAGGUGUCGUUAUGUCUACAACCAAGGGUGUGCCUUAAAGUUGAAGUAAAACCAUCAAUGUUCAGCUUCCGGUAGCUCCUGGGUUCCAAACUGUUAAAAACAAUAGAAAAGUUGUAUCACAGGAAAAUGUCUGUGGGUAACAUAACACAACACAUUUUUGUUUCUUUGAAAAUAAUUAUUCUGUUUACCUUUUCCGUUAUGAAGAAUCCAGUCCAUCAAAGGUUUCAUAUAAUGUUGCAAAAGUGAAUCAAUUUCAUAUAUAUAUUACAAAAGUUCCAGCGCACUUACUUAUCCACUAAACAGCAACUAAAAUGCUGACAAAUUUCUUUAUUUUUUUAUUUUUUUUUUAACACCUAAUCUAGACAAAAAUAAUGGGGGUUUAGUUGCAUUAUAUCAUCAUAUAUUGCAUAAGCCUGCCAAUGCAUAAGCAUUGAAAUUGCUGUGUAGUGGAUAAGUGAGUGCUCUGGAUUUUGUGUAUUGUAUAAAUUGGCCCCCAGCAGCACCCCAUUUAUGCAUGUUGCAUGUUCAGGUGAGUGCAGCCCCCUGGUAUAUAUAUAUAUAUAUAUAUAUAUAUAUAUAUAUAUAUAUAUAUAUUUAUUAGUGUGUGUGUGUGUGUGUGUGUGUGUGUGUGUGUGUGUGUAAAAAGAAAAUGUUAUUUUUUUACACCCCUCCUGGGUGGUAUGUAUAUUCAUUAUUCUCAGGUCCUCUACCAGAGGCCUGGGAGUUUGAGGGUUCUGCGCAGUAUCUUAGCUGUUCCUAGAACUGCACUCUUCUGGACAGCGAUCUCAGAUGUCCCACCUGGAAUCUGUUGAAGCCACUCCCCCAACUUGGGACAACUGGGACUACUACUGCCUUCACUUUCCACAUCCUUUCUAGUUCUUCUUUCAGUCCUUGGUAUUUGUCCACCUUCUCAUGUUCCUUCUUCAUGAUGUUAUAGUCACUGGGUAUUGCCACAUCCACCACGACUGCAGUCUUCCGUUCCUUGUCUACCACCACAAUGUCAGGUUGGUUGCCCAGCACUUGCUUGUCUGUCUGGAUCUUGAAGUCCCACAGGAUCUUAGCCCUGUCAUUCUCAACUACCCUUUGUGGUAUCUUCCAUCUGGACUUAGGAAGGUCCAAUCCAUAUUCUGUGCAGAUGUUUCGGUACACAAUCCCAGCAACUUGGUUGUGUCUCUCCAGGUAUGCUGUUCCUGCUAACAUCUUGCAUCCGGCUACUAGGUGCUGGACUGCCUCAGAUGCCUCUUUGCACAGUCUGCACCUUGGGUCUUGCCUUGUGUGGUAGACUCCAGCUUCUAUUGAUCUGGUGCUGAGUGCCUGCUCCUGUGCUUCUAGGAUUAGUGCCUCAGUGCUGACUUUCAGUCCUGCAUUAUCCAACCACUGGUAGGAUUUUGUCAUGUGAGCAACAUCCACUAUCUGCCGGUGGUACACCCCAUGGAGAGAUUUGUCUUGCUAAAGAACCUCCUCUUUUUGUACAUCCUUGAUCUGUGGAAGUCUCAGGCAUUCCCCUAGCAGUUCAUCUUUGGGAGCCAUUUUCACGAUAUACUUGUGGAUGCUUUGUGUUUCAUCCAGGAUUGUGGCCUUGGCACUCAUCAGGCCCGACCUCCUUCCUUCCAGCAGGUGUACAGUCUCUGGGUGCUGGAUUUCGGGUGUAAUCCUCCAUUCAUAAUGAGUAGUUUUCUGGUCUUGACAUCCAUGGUGACCAGUUCUUUUCUUGGCCAGUUUAUUAAUCCAGCUGGGUACGUGAUAACCGAUAGGGCAUAUGUGUUGAUGGCUUGGAUCUUGUUCUUGCCAUUGAGCUGGGACUACAGGAUCUAUCUGACUCUUUGGAGGUACUUGGAUGUUGCUGUCCUCCUUGCCUCUUCCUCAUCAUUGCCAUGCAUUUGUGGUACCUCCAGGUACUUGUAGCUGUUCUCUACAUCUUCUAUUUGGCCCUCUGGACCUUUAACUCCUUCUGUCCUGAUCAUCUUCCCUCUUUUUGCUAUCAUCCGCCUGCACGUCUCUUGCCCAAAAGACAUUCCGAUGUCAUUGCUGUAUAUUCUAGUUAGGUGGAUGAGUGAGUCAAUGUCUCGCUCAUUCUUGGCAUACAGCUUGAUGUCGUCCAUGUAGAGUAGGUGGCUGAUGGUAGCUCCACUCUUGAACCUGUAUCCGUAUCCACUCUUCUUGAUGAUCUGGCUAAGGUGGUUGAGGCCUAUGCAGAACAUUAUUGGGGAUAGUGCAUCACCUUGGUAUAUGUCCCAUUUAAUGUUCAUUUGAGUUAUUGUCCUGGAAUUGGCUUCUAGAGUUGUUUUCCACUUGCCUAUCGAGUUCUUGAUGAAGGCUCUUAUUGUCUUGCUGACCUUGUAGAGAGCCAAGUAUUCCAGUAUCCAUGUGUGUGGCAUUGUGUCAUAGGCUUUCUUGUAGUCAAUCCAGGUAGUCUUUCUGGUCUUAGACUGCUUGGUCUACCAGUAGUUGGUGUUUUGAUCCUCUGGUGUUGUUUCCAAUCCCCUGCUGAGUAUUGCUCAUAUAUUGACUCAUAUGCAACUGGAUCUUGGAGGCUAUGAUGCCUGACAGGAGUUUCCAUGUUGUGGGGAGGCAGGUUAUUGGUCAGUAGUUGGAUGGUGCUGUUCCCUUGUGAGGUUCCUUCAUGACCAGUAUUGUUCUGCCGUGUGUUAGCCAGUGUUAGCCAGUCAUGGUGGGAGCAUGUUGCUAGUAGCUGGUUCAUUUGUGUUGCUAGGCGUUCAUGCAAUGCUGUUAACUUCUUUAUCCAGUAGUUGUGGAUCAUGUCAGGUCCUGGGGCUGACCAGCUCUUCAUGUGUGCUGCUGUCUGUUGGAUACCUUCAACUGUGAUUAUAAUUAUAUAUUUAUAUAUUAAUUAUUUUUUUUUAAAUUAAUUUAUUUAUUGCACUGUUGGAUAAGCCAAAGUGAUCGGCAGUUGUCAAAAUAUUUUACCGAGUAGCUUUUAUCUGUGCUUAUUGGUACAGUUACAACAUCAGUUAAAGAUAAAAGUCAAUCAACUCUUGGCAUGUGAAACCUCUUUAACGGCACUAUACAUUUUAUGCCAUUAGCUGUCUUUUGAAGCAAACAUACCUCUGGGAUUUUGAAUGCAUUUGUGAGUUGUUGCAUAUUUAGCAUACUUAAAGCUCUUGCUAACAAAGGCUUAAAAUAACUAUUCUGGGACUUCCGUAUGCACACGUCAGAAUAAGUACUAAGUGGGUUCCCUGAAACCUUAGUACAAGGUACAAGAACAUACUUGAAAAUUAGAGAAAUAUCAUUCUAAUCUUCCUGGUAAAAAUAAAUGUUAUAUUUCGUAAAAUCCAAAUUUUUAUAUAUAUAUAUAUAUAUAUGCACCAAUAUAUUUUAAGUAGAAAUUUUGAAAAAAAAACCAACUAAAACCACCACUUGAAUGGAUCUCAUUUAUACUGUACGCAGUGUAACCGAAAAUUGCCUGCUGGUCCCACCUCUACUGCAGGCUGUGAGACCACACUACAUGGAGUGGCUGGGAGCAGGGGGGAACUUCUGUGUUCUGUAUUCCAAAAAGUAUGGUAUAUAGUGUGCUCCUCCAUCUUUACUAUACAUACAGUGCAUUCAGUGUAAGUAUUCAGACCCCUGAAUUUUUUUCACUUUUUUUUUUUUUAAUGUUUCAUCCUUAUGCUACAAGUGUUUAAAUGAAAUUAUUUCCACUGAUUUAAAGUGGUCAUGGUGUUCAGAGUAUGUAUAAGCAGUCUUUCGGCUUAAAACACUGCACAUACUGUGUUAUUGUUAAAUGUGUGUUGGAGGCUAGUUGCAUUCCCAGCACACAUGACUUAGACAGCCCAGAACUAAUGUAGCCCUUUAAGUGGCCCCUUAAUGAAAGAAAACCUGUUCCAGACCGCUUAGGACCUCAGACUGGACUGAAGAUUCACCUUUCAACAGUGAUCCUAAGAACACUGCCCAGACAAUGCAUGACAUGCGCAUAGUCGUCCCUUAGGCAUAUUCCUAAUAAAACCACCCCCCAAUGAAUCACGGUCACAGAUAUUUCUUGGGAAUAUAUCACAGCUUUUUAAUAAUGAUAAUUGUUUAAACAUAAAAUUGUAAAUAAGGGGUCAGAGCCAAACACACUUAAAGACAUUGAAGCCCAACAAUUUUCCUAUGUAAACAUUUACAGACCAUGACCUCUACAUAAAACGGCAAACUUAAAACAGCAUUUAUCAUAAUGCACAAACUGUUACCACAGCCACCAAGGGCAUCUUUUCCACAGCCACCAAGGGCAUCCUUAACCACAUGUAGCGUAUAACCUAUCAAGAGCCUGUCUCAAUCCAUCGUGAAAACCCAAGUUCAAGAAGUCCAUACCAACAUCAGAAAGAUGUACUCCAUCACACAAAUAGCCAGGAAGUAUAGCUUCCAAUUCUUUGUGCCUAAUUACAACCCCCCCUAAACUCUUCAUGUAAACCGCCAUCGACUGAUUGACCUUAAUGUGACUUGAAGCUAUCGCCACAGGGAUCCUAACAAAACGACAAUGCAUAGGCGGCACCAUCUCCGACCAAAUAAUAAAUACACCGGGAACCAAACUUCUCACCCUAUCCAUGUCUCUCUUCAUGGACCGAAUCAAUUCCCUUUGUGGUACAAGGACCAAAUCAUUACUCCCGGCAUGGAUUAAAAUACAAUUCGGGUCUAUGCCCUGCCCUAUUUUUCUAAAUAAUUCAUAGCAUAUGUUACUCCAACAAAAACCACGAAAACCAAACCAAACCAAUGUAAUGUAAGUGAAUCAUGAGGAAAGCCCAGUUCAAAUCGCGGCUCUUAGUUCCGCCCAGUAUACAAAGGAAUGGCCUACUAUCCUGGCAACCCGACCUAAAAUAGAAGAGAAAAACAUGGAACCACACAUAGCACUUUCACAUUCCACCCCCAGGCUUAAACCAAUCAGAUUUGACAUAAGACCUAAACCUCAGAAAUUCCCAUCGACCAAUGUUUUUAACCAGCUAAUCAGUGAAACCCAACCGUGCCACUUCCGUUGUUACCCCAAUCCGAAAUGAAUGCGUACCAAAAUGUGACGCAUCCAGACCCAGUCACCCCAAGCACAAGUGAAAAACACAGGUAAACUGAUAUUUGGACAGAAAUGAUCCAUCUUUGUGGAUGAAAAAAGAACCCCUCGCCCUUGAACGAAUGGACAGAUACUGUGAAGCUCAACCCACUGGAUAUGCCCACGAGCCGGGUAACCAAGCCAAUUUGACCAAGCAGCCCUUACCGAUCACAUCAGUUUUAGAAUGACGCAGAUAAAUACCAACCUUAUCUUCUCUAACUUCCACAUCCGAAACUAGAAUGGCCCCUGCCUACACCCGGCAACUACUCACCAAUUCGCUAAUACGAAAAGCUCCAAAGAAUGCCCAAACAAAUACCACCGUAAACAACAGCACUUCAUAUUGUGGAAAAACAAAGAUCUUGCAAUGCCCCAACCAGCCAGAGGAGCAGGUCAAAGAAGACCGGUUUCCUGGUGUCAGGAGCUUUCUUUCCUUUACGGAAACCUUUAAGAGCCUGUCGGACCAGAAGUGCUUUGUCAAGUCCUCGCAACCGUUUAAUUUGAAGAGAAACGCCAACGUGGCUAGAUUAUCGCCAACCACCGACGGGGAGGCACCCGACGCGAACAACCGACACAUAAACCAUAACAAAACAUCUAGACGUACCUCCGCCGAGUGAUUAUCCUCAAUACAGACCCACGCUGCAUCCCAUGAGUCCCAUACCUUACUGUAUGCUGCCCACGUGCUAGGAGCCAAUGACUGUCUGAUUAGUCUUCCAAGCAUGAAGUCCAGAGCUGCCAGAGCUUGGCCAGGCAAGACAAACCUUCCGCCUGUGCUUCCAGAGCCUCUGCUCGGAAUCUCGCCCACUUGAAACGAGAAAGUGCAUCAGCGAUUACAUUCAAGAAACCCGGCACAUGACAUGCACAAAAAACAAUAUUAAAUUGCAUACAUGUAGGACAAAUUGAAGUAGCAGCCGCACCACUGGUACUGAAGAGGCCGACAAAUUGUUUACUGCAUCCACCACCGACAUGUUAUCAGUGAAGAAGACUACUUUCCUGUCCUGCAAUACAGGAUCCCAUAGCGACAAGGCCACCAGUAAUGGAAACAGUUCUAAAAACAUCAAGUUCCGAAUGAGCGUGCUGGCAGCCCAAGAUGCAGGCCAUUGCUUAGCGCACCAUUGACCGGCGAAGAAGGCGCCAAAACCAACACUACCUGGAGCGUCCAUGAACAAUUCAGUCAAGCAACGAGACUGUUUUCUGCCAAAAGAAAACCCGGCCAUUGAACUCAUGCAAGAAACGUUCUCAAAUUCCCAAGUCCUCCUUUAUGGGUCUUGACACUCUGAUGAAAUGGUGUGGCGACUGUACCCCACAUGUGCCUUUAGCCAAGAAUCUAUUGAACACCCUCCCCACCGGAAUCACCCAAUUAACAACUGCAGUGUGUGUAAUGUCACUUUCUUAGAUUCCCACACCUCUGUAACGUGUUCCCUAAGAACAACAAAUUUGUCUUGUGGCAAGCUGCAUUCGCCUGCCACGGCAUCGAUUUUGAGCCCCAAAAAACUCAAACAUGUUGACGGCCCCACGGUUUUGAACCCUGCCAGUGGCACCCUGCAAACCUUAGCCACCCAUUCCAGUGUUCUUAGACCGAUCCUGCAAGCAUCAGAAUUGGAGGAGCUGAUGCAUAAGAAGUUGUCAAAGUAAUGGGCCACAAACUUAGUAUCCGCCUCAAACUUAACAAUCCAAUCUAGAAAGGUGCUAACAUUUUCAAAGUAUGCACGUGAGAUGGAGCAACCCAUGGGCAGACAGAGAUCAAUGUGGUAUUUUCCCUUGAAGAAAAAAUGAUGACAGGCGGGAUAAAUGGGCAGCAGGCGAAAUGCCGACUCCACACCUGCUUUUGCCAACAGCGCACCUGGACCCGCCUUCUUCACCAGUUCAACAGCUUGGUUGAAUGAUGCAUAGGAAAUGGAACAGAGCGCCCCAUCGAUAUCAUCAGUCACUGAUGACCCUUUAGGGUAAGAAAGGUGGUGAAUCAAAUUGAACCUACCUGCUUCCUUCUUGGGCAUGACACCCAAUGGCCAAAUGCGUAAAUCCUGGAUCGGCGCUUCUACAAAAGGUCCCGCCACCCGUCCCAACUGUAUUUCUUUAAGCAAUUUGUCGCGUACGACUUCAGGAAAGUCACUAAGCGAAAGUAGAUUAUGUAAACGACGAACCGCCACCCUAUUCUGAAAUGGAAUCACAAAGCCCCCCAGUGAAACCGUCCCAAAGAAGUACCGCAUCAUCACGGUUACUGUACUUGUUUAACCAUGGGAGCAUCGCGGAGACCCUCACCGGCGAUAACCCCAGUGGCAGAGGAUGAUGUGGCACCUCAUUGACUCCGGCAGGCGCAUUUUCCCCUGAUUGAAACCGUGUCCACCGCCACACCCUAAACAUUCAUUCUUAAAUCGGCAUGCUGCACCCCACUUCAUUGAAGAGCCAGCAAUAUCCCCUCCUAUUCAUAGUCGAUGAGGUGGAAGAGGAACUGGCGACAGCUCCAGAUUGAAAGGGUGUUGCUUUUUGCACCAUCAUUAAUUUCAUCCAGAGUGUCUGGUCCAUUUGAUCCCAACCCAUACCUGGAUUGACCGUCAGACGCUGAUGGAACUGCAUGUCGUAUCUCCACCAUGCAAGCCCUCCAUAUGUGCGAUAAGCCUCCCAGACACCAUCCUGAUAACAGAACAAUUUGGAGCAAUUAUACAGUGAUUUCUCACCUAACAUGCUAGCUGAAUACUGAAAGCCCUAAGCCAAUUUCCGAAGGUUUUAGAAAUCUUUCCAUACUUAUGUCUUUUUUCUUCCUCCUCCUUCUUGGAGUCCUUCUUGUCCUCUUCUUUCAAGUCUAAAUAUUCCUCUAGGGGGAGAAGGGAAAAAAAUUCUACAAACUCACCUUUCCAAAUGUUUUCCUUGACUUUGGGCUUUAGAUGGCAGCCCAAAGGACCCGCAAAAGAGACAUGCAAGUUUUGGCGAGCAGCCUCAGGAAUGUCCGCUACUAACAAUGCCCUCUCGGCUGCAGCUAUAGUUAACACAAAUGUUCCUGAAGAUUCGACCCAAUCGCUACCCGCAAUAACCGCUCCAGCCUCAUCUAGCUCAUUAACUCGCCCCUCCAGGAUGCUCUGCUUUUUCAUCCCCCCAGCUAUCCUUGAGCUCAUACCUGUCCAAAAGAGCCUUUGUCCCCAGGACCCGCACUCCAUGUGUAAAUAAAAGACUGUAGACACUCAAUGAAUUACCCCGUGUGUGGUGCAUGAGGUGACUCACCAGCCGAACCCUGUGUUACGUCUGAUCCUGGGGCUGGUCCCUGACUUCCCCCGCGUGUACUUCCUGGCGAAGCCGUAUCCAAACAAGCUCCAGCAUCCCAAAACAUGCGUCCCCAAUAUCCUGCACCCUCCUCGCCUCUCUCUGAGUCCUUGAACACACGUGAAUGCUACUUGACCUGACGUCCUGGUCCAUACCUCUGUACCAGGCUUCUUCUGUGUCCUUCCUGCCUGGGGAGCCUCAUUUAUGGACCUGGCAGCGCUGCGCCCUGGACUUGCUUCCUUAACUGGUGAGCCAUAGUGCCUUCUGUCGUGAAUAGAGUUAGGUGAGGCACUGCUAUUGAUGCCAUGUCUGCUCCUACGGCCGCUCCUAGAGCGAGUAUGAGAUGUACGCCUUCCGCCCCCGUUAUAUACUGAUUUACCACUAUUUGUGUGGCAAUAGGUCACCCCUUCCCUAAUCCUAUAAUCCACUCCCCCUUUUCCUUAUGCCUGCCUCCUAGCUAAGUCAAGGCCCACUCCACUUAGCUGUGCCCUGGGCUUCAAUAGUAGUAUAGGGAUAACUGUGAAUGUCCCAAUCAAACACGUCUAGAGAGACCUGAAAAUUGCUCUCCACCAACGGACCUCAUCCAACCUGACAUGGCUUGAGAGGAUCUGCAGAGAUGAAUGGCAGAAACCAUGCAAAGCUUGUCACAUCAUACCUGUGACGAAGUGCCCUUCGCCAGUUGGUCCUGGAGAGGCCUGCUUGCCAGUCUCCUGCCCUGUGACUAUGGCCCCUGGGAGAUUUUACCAUUUAAAACCAGCAUUUGGGCUGUGCAUCAAACAACUUUUGCAUAUCAGGACUGUGUAUGGCCCUUUAAGAACUGUAUUUGGGCUCAUGAGACUUAUUUGAACAAUACCCCUUUAAGACGGUGUCCCCAGAGUCCCCAGCCCUUCAAAAUAACUUAUACAUUGCUUUUUCCCAUAUGGUUCGGUAAUUGGGGCUUACCGAACCAUUUAUUACACAGGUGGACCACACCUGUGGUGGAAGCGUGCAGCUUAUUUACCUCCCAGGCUGGGAGGCUGCUGUAGGUAAAUUGCUGACCGCUGGAUGGCCGCUGUUCUUACAAACAAACACGUGGCGGCGGCCAUCUUUGUUAGUCAAACGCGUUCAGCGGUGUGUGCAGCCAAAUCCAUGAAACUGAAAUCGGCUACACAUUUGCACGAACACCGCUGACCCUUACCUUCUCCUCCAUUCAGUUUUCAGCCGCAGCGUCUAAGUCCCGUUCGGCGAUUUGAACAGACAGUGAGACUAAGCUAUUUGCACGAACGGUGCCCCGUUCCUUCAUGCAAAUAGAACGUAGUCAUUUUUCUGAUUGAAAUUGACCGACCACACAGCCCAAAUCUAUGGAACUGUUUUGGGCAGGAAAAUGUGCUUGCGGUCGGUCCCAAAGGACUUCCGACUAACUUUUUAAUCCCUGGAGGGAAUUGCCUGAAUUUUGGAUAUGUUUAUAUUUGAAGUAUGCUGAGUAAGAAUAUGUGAUUUAUGGAGAUUGGAUGUAUAGUUUUAAAGGGAUACAGGGAGUGCAGAAUUAUUAGGCAAAUGAGUAUUUUGACCACAUCAUCCUCUUUAUGCAUGUUGUCUUACUCCAAGCUGUAUAGGCUCGAAAGCCUACUACCAAUUAAGCAUAUUAGGUGAUGUGCAUCUCUGUAAUGAGAAGGGGUGUGGUCUAAUGACAUCAACACCCUAUAUCAGGUGUGCAUAAUUAUUAGGCAACUUCCUUUCCUUUGGCAAAAUGGGUCAAAAGAAGGACUUGACAGGCUCAGAAAAGUCAAAAAUAGUGAGAUAUCUUGCAGAGGGAUGCAGCACUCUUAAAAUUGCAAAGCUUCUGAAGCGUGAUCAUCGAACAAUCAAGCGUUUCAUUCAAAAUAGUCAACAGGGUCGCAAGAAGCGUGUGGAAAAACCAAGGCGCAAAAUAACUGCCCAUGAACUGAGAAAAGUCAAGCGUGCAGCUGCCACGAUGCCACUUGCCACCAGUUUGGCCAUAUUUCAGAGCUGCAACAUCACUGGAGUGCCCAAAAGCACAAGGUGUGCAAUACUCAGAGACAUGGCCAAGGUAAGAAAGGCUGAAAGACGACCACCACUGAACAAGACACACAAGCUGAAACGUCAAGACUGGGCCAAGAAAUAUCUCAAGACUGAUUUUUCUAAGGUUUUAUGGACUGAUGAAAUGAGAGUGAGUCUUGAUGGGCCAGAUGGAUGGGCCCGUGGCUGGAUUGGUAAAGGGCAGAGAGCUCCAGUCCGACUCAGACGCCAGCAAGGUGGAGGUGGAGUACUGGUUUGGGCUGGUAUCAUCAAAGAUGAGCUUGUGGGGCCUUUUCGGGUUGAGGAUGGAGUCAAGCUCAACUCCCAGUCCUACUGCCAGUUCCUGGAAGACACCUUCUUCAAGCAGUGGUACAGGAAGAAGUCUGCAUCCUUCAAGAAAAACAUGAUUUUCAUGCAGGACAAUGCUCCAUCACACGCGUCCAAGUACUCCACAGCGUGGCUGGCAAGAAAGGGUAUAAAAGAAGAAAAUCUAAUGACAUGGCCUCCUUGUUCACCUGAUCUGAACCCCAUUGAGAACCUGUGGUCCAUCAUCAAAUGUGAGAUUUACAAGGAGGGAAAACAGUACACCUCUCUGAACAGUGUCUGGGAGGCUGUGGUUGCUGCUGCACGCAAUGUUGAUGGUGAAUAGAUCAAAACACUGACAGAAUCCAUGGAUGGCAGGCUUUUGAGUGUCCUUGCAAAGAAAGGUGGCUAUAUUGGUCACUGAUUUGUUUUUGUUUUGUUUUUGAAUGUCAGAAAUGUAUAUUUGUGAAUGUUGAGAUGUUAUAUUGGUUUCACUGGUAAUAAUAAAUAAUUGAAAUGGGUAUAUAUUUGUUUUUUGUUAAGUUGCCUAAUAAUUAUGCACAGUAAUAGUCACCUGCACACACAGAUAUCCCCCUAACAUAGCUAAACUAAAAACAAACUAAAAACUACUUCCAAAAAUAUUCAGCUUUGAUAUUAAUGAGUUUUUUGGGUUCAUUGAGAACAUGGUUGUUGUUCAAUAAUAAAAUUAAUCCUCAAAAAUACAACUUGCCUAAUAAUUCUGCACUCCCUGUAGCUCUAUUCACACUGGGGAUUGCUAUACUUGUAUACUCUCCUGAGCUUUAAUCACCUGAUACGCUCUACUGGAGGAGAGGUCUUUCCCACACGGUCCUGGAAGACAGAGGCUGAUCCAGGGUGGAAGGAAGACGGCGAGACUCCAGUUAAGCUACGGCGGUUGUGGAGUCUGCGGUGGUUGUGGUGUCCGGUGGGGUGCUUGUGGUCCUCGAUGCAAACUAGGAAGCGUCCAUCAACGGAACGUACUCGGUCGGAGUAUGGGUGAUUCCGUUACAAUACCCAAAAAGACCUGAUGCUGUAAUUGCUGCCAAAGGUGCUUCACCAAAGUACUAGUGUUACCGGGAAACUGACGGAGGCCAAUCACAGAGAGAUGGACACAGGUUUCUUCAGGAAGGAAGAGAUCUUUAUUCGAUUCACCGACCGGGACUCAGAGUGACUUAUGUCACCGAAAACAGCAAAGAUCUGAGCACUGAAUACAUAGAGUACAUUCCUUAUAUAGCACUGUAGCUCCUCCCAUAAUUAGCUACGCCCACACAUACCCUUAACCUAAUCAAUGAAUAGAGUCUAAACUCAUCCAUCCGGUCUAACCACGUGGCUCAUCUGAAACAAAGGAGAGGGACGCGUAAUUCCAGUUCCUGCAUUCCUGCACAUGCUCAGUACAGUGAUGACAGUAUCUUAGCUACGUGUAACUAACUAACUGAUACUACAAACACAUGUACCUACAUAUGCCUUGUGGCAAUCUUGGCCUGCUAAACUUUUAUUUUACUGGAAUUCCAUCACAUUCCCCCCUUUGAUGCUUCUGAUUUAAAAUAAUUCCAGAUGCAUCACCAAUCAUAGUUUGCUUACACCUCAAGUUGCCAUAAACCAGACUAGACUUUGCGAUCCUCUAAAGAUACGAACCCCUCAACAUUCCUCUUCCUGCAUGUAUUCUCCUUGAUCUAGAGCUUCAUACCUGCAAACAGCCAUUACCUGUGCUGCGGCCUUUCUUUCUGCUAUACUUUCUAUAAUGCUCUGCAUAGACCUAAUUACCAAAGGAAUCAGACAUGGCAGAAGGAGACACAACAUCAAAAUCAGUAUGACUCCACCUACCAAUGCCUUGAUUCCUCCAAACUGCUCAUACCAACUACCAAACCAACUACUCGGAUUAUACCUUUUCCAUACCUGAGUAGGUACAUGUGCUAGCUUAACCAUAUGGCUAGUAAGCUCAGCUAUUGCUUGCCCUUCAUCAUCUAUUUGAAGACAACAAUUGCUUAGAUUAAACUUCCCACAUACACCUCCCUCUACUGCCAAUAGGUAAUCCAAAAAUAAUCUAUUAUGGUAGAUGGCUGUCCUCAUCCUAGUGUUAUGCUUCGCUAGGAGAUUGAGCGCUUGUGAUGUUUCAUUGGUAACUAUCUCAACUACUGCUUGCAAUCUUAUAAUACGAUUAAGCAUAUAUAUUGGGGUUCUGUAUCCAUAAGUACCAUCCUCUGCCCAUGUAGCUGGCCCAUAAUAAUCUAUAAUACGCUGGGGAGGCCACUCAUCAUCUUCCCAGGUACCUAUCUCUAGGGGUGCCCUUUUCUUCCUAUGAUUUACAUCAUAUACUUUAACUCCCAAAGUCUCUCCUGUUUCAAUUGGCAACAAGAAGAAGGAUGGUUUGAGCAUACCCAAUACACAUGCCCCUUCCCAGUCCUGUGGUAACUCCGAAUAUGCUUUCUUACCACAAAUCCAGUACAAAUUUGCUGGGGCUUUCCAACUAGAUGUAGCAGAUAGGUCAAACCAUACAUCCUUUAAAUUGGUAUGAUUUGCAACGGAUUAGACGGUUCUGAGACAUUUGAAGCUGACCACCAAAUAGUAUCCUUUGUAUCGCCAUUAUAGGCUUUCUGCCCUAAACAAGUCAAUUCUCCUACAGAUGUAUUAAACAUUAUUCCUUUCCUUGCUAUACAAACAAAACCUAUAAUGGAGGUCUUUAAUCGCCACUCAGAUUUACCUCUAACACUCACUUGAUAAUCAGAUUGAGAAGAUAUUAGUUGUUCAACUGUCUCAGAACCAGAAUACAUUACCUCCUUUGCUUCCCAAGGCCAUUGGUCUCCCAUAUUAGUACCUCCACACACAUAGCAGUUGGUUACAUUAAGACUACCAGCAAUGCUCUCAGCUAGGUCUAUGAAUAAGUUUUUGGCAUUAUGGGGAACCUUAUCUUCUACACUCAUCUCCUCAUAAAAAGAAUGGAAAACCUGAUGAGUCUGGGGGGUCACUGUAUCUGUCUCUAUUCCUAUGUAUAAUAUCGUCCCAGGAUCCAAACCUGUUCCAUAUAUUUUCAACCCAAAUAGAUUCCCAACCUUCUCUAUAAAUAGCUCUGGGUCCUUGAUAAGUAUAUGGACUGGGUUACACUCCAUAGACUUACAAUAUGGUUUGGUAGGCAAUCUAGUGAUAAUCAUAUCCUUAUCUUCUGUCUGUCCCCAGGUUGCCUAUCCCACACAGGACCAAUACGGACAAUAAUUGUAGUCUUUAUUUAGGCAGUUUGGAUCUAUAUACUUAUGCUUAUUACUAGGACAAAUAUACUUAUCAUUAGACCCAUACGUUCUUUCCCAUUUAAGACCACCACAUACAUUCCAUGGCUUCCUACUACGUGAUAUCGCCUUACAUGCAUCAAAUAGCAAAACACCUGGAGAAUGUACGCUUUCUAGUACAGUCUUAUUUAUCAGGUUCCCCUGUGCGUUCUCAUUCCGAAUAGUCAACCAAAUUGUACGGGGCUGAUACUCAAGAUUAAAACACCUAGGUUCUCCUGCUCCUAUAUGGCAUACACUAUAAUCUGUACCUAGGUAUCUACACUUUGAUACAUGUCCUGUAUCAAAUAUUGCGAAUGCCAAAUAAGGGUCUGGGAAAUACGAUUGCCUGUUUUCGUAGUCUUAAUGCAAACCUCGCAGCCUGGUGUGUCGGUACCUCUACCUUCCCGAAUAAUUAAAAACACACAUAUAUACAUCAUCAAACACAUUACUCCUGACAUCUUCUUCCUAAUUCUUCGACCGUGCGACGGCACCUCAGCUUCCAGGCGUGUGAGGGCUGCAGGGAAUGGAGUCCUUCUGAUCCUCACUGUUCUUCACAGAGGAUUCCUCUGUCUUAAACGUUGGUAGGUGGUCAGGCUUUAUUGUGGCCGUCAACACCUACUUGUAGAUCUUUGUUGAUGUUCCCUUGUAACAAUACUCUUCGCAAAAACCACUUUUAAUCUAACUGGGUCACUCGCUUCAACCUGAUCUUGCAGGGAUUCUCAGGAUCUUGAGUAGCUUGCCAAGAAUCUGCUGCUGGUUUAACCCUGGAGUGAUGAAUCCACGGAGUCACCUCUGCCACCUUUAUAGCUGUUGGAGUAGACAAAAGAACAGCAUAAGGACCCCUCCACUUUGGCCCCAACGGUACACUGUUCCACUCCUUUAUCCAAACUUGGUCUCCUGGAUGGUAAGAAUGGACAGGUGGAUAAAUAUUUACAGGUAACCUAUCUUGUACCCAUUUCUGUACCUCCUCCAUAGUUUUACCCAACUCUACAACCUGCCGCCGGGUAAUUCCUUCUCCCAACUGACUCAAGUCCCCCUUAAGUUACUAAGUAUGGGAGGUGGACGCCCAUACAUAAUUUCAAAGGGUGAUAGACCUAACUUUCUGGUAGGUGUACUACGAAUGCGCAACAGAGCUAUUGGCAAAAGAACAUUCCACUUGAGUUGGGUUUCUUGACACAUUUUUGCCAACUGGGUCUUAAUGGUUCUGUUCAUCCUUUCCACUUUCCCAGAACUCUGAGGCCUAUAUGCUGUAUGAAGUUUCCACUUAAUACCAAGCAUAUGAGUCAGUUGUUGUAGGCACUGAUGGACAAAAGCUGGACCAUUAUCUGAUCCUAUAGAACACGGUAGUCCAUAUCGGGGUAUUAUUUCUCGCAACAGAAAUCGUACAACUUCUCCUGCUUUCUCUGUACGAGUUGGACACGCCUCUACCCAUCCUGAGUAGGUACACAAAGCUACUAGUAGGUAACGAUGUCCGCUGGAUUUGGGCAUUACCGUGUAGUCUAUUUGGAGAUCGGACAUAGGAAGCCCUCCCAUGUACUGGACUCCUGGUGGUUUCACUGGACCUUGCCUUGCGUUGUUCUUGGCACAUGACACGCAUCUUCGAACAAUGGCUUGAGUCAAGUUGGACAAUCUUGGUAUAUAGAAAUGCUUCCCAAGAGAUUCUUCCAUACUAUCUCUUCCAGAAUGUGUCCCAUUAUGAUAAUUCUGGACUAUUUCUACAGCUAGCGAUGCUGGAAUAACUAUUCUUCCAUCUUCUAACUGAUACCAAUUAUUCUCCAAAUAUUUCCCAGCUUCAGUCUUUAACCACUCUACUUCUUGAGCUGUAUAAACUGGAGUCCACUGGGACAGAGGGGUCGGUAUAAGAGCUGCUACACACCACAUAUUCUUUUUGUCCGGAUUCAGCGGCACACUUAGCUGCACUAUCUGCCAUCCGAUUUCCUUUCACCACAUCACCAUCACCUUUCAGAUGUGCUCGACAAUGUAUGAUACCAACUUCCUUCGGCUCCCAUACAGCUUCCAAUAGUUGUAAUAUCUCAGCUGCGUACUUGAUUUCUUUUCCUUCUGAGGUCAGUAAUCCUCUUUCUUUAUACAAAGCUCCAUGGGCAUGAGUGGUUAAAAACGCGUACUUUGAGUCUGUGUAGAUAUUUACUUUCAACCCUUCAGCCAAUUGCAGAGCCCGUGUAAGUGCGAUUAAUUCUGCCUUCUGUGCUGAUGUUCCUUUUGACAAUGGCCGCGCUUCUAUCACCUUGUCUAUAGUUGUCACUGCAUAUCCGGCAUAGCGAAUCCCUUCUUUCACGUAACUACUGCCGUCCGUGUAAUACUGAACAUCAGGGUUCUGGAUGGGAAAAUCAUGAAGGUCCGGUCUACUUGAGAACACUUCAUCCAUUACCUCCUGGCAAUCAUGUCGACUCUCAGUAGGUUGCGGCAAGAGGGUAGCUGGGUUCAAGGUAUUAACAGUCUCAAGAUGCACUCUUGGGUUCUCGCAUAACAUGGCUUGAUACUUAGUCAUGCGGCUAUUGCUAAACCAAUGAUUACCUUUAUAGUCUAGCAACGUCUGUACUGCGUGCGGGACUCGCACAUAGAGUUCCUGACCCAGAGUGAGCUUGUCAGCUUCUGCUAUCAACAGGGCAGCGGCAGCUAGGCCCUUAGACAAGGAGGAAGACCACUGGCAUCCAGUUGUUUGGACAUAUACGCAACAGGUCGUUGCCAUGAUCCCAGAUACUGUGUCAGUACUCCCACAGCCAUCCUUCUUUGCUCGUGUACAUAUAAGUAGAAUGGACGUGUAUGAUCAGGUAGACCUAAUGCGGGGUCGCUCAUCAAUGCCUUCUUAACAUCCUCAAAUGCCUUCUGCUGUUCAAUGGUCCACAGGAAGGAAUCAUGUUCCGUGCCUUUAAUAGCGGCAUAGAGGGGUUUCGCCAGUAUCGCAUAACUGGGAAUCCAUAUCCUACAGAAGCCUGCUGCCCCUAAGAAUUCUCGCACUUGUCUUCUAUUCUUAGGUGUUGGUAUUUGGCAUACAGCCUCUUUUCUUUCAGGCCCCAUUAUCCUUUGACCUUCAGAGAUAUGGAAUCCCAGAUACUUGACAGUUGGCUGACACAACUGAGCUUUCUUCCUGGACACCUUGUAUCCUGCCUUCCAAAGAAUGUGCAGUAAAUCAUAAGUUGCUUGCUGGCAAAUCUCUUUAGUAACUGCCGCUAUCAACAAAUCAUCCACGUAUUGUAGUAGUACACAUUCUCCUGGGAUGGACUUGAAAUCUAAUAAGUCCUGACUUAAUGCUGAUCCAAAUAGGGUAGAUUAAUUUUUAAACCCUUGGGGCAAUCUUGUCCAGGUCAUCUGACGUUUCGAGCCCGUUACAGCAUCUUCCCAUUGGAAUGCAAAGAUACACUGGCUUUCUGUAGCAAUUCGUAGGCAAAAGAAGGCAUCUUUAAGGUCCAAGACUGUAAAGUAAGUAGCCCCACCCGGAAUCAAGGCAAGCAGGUUAUAAGGAUUGGGCACAACUGGAUGUAUACUUACUACCGCAUCAUUGACUGCUCUCAAAUCCUGCACAGGACGAUACUCAUCUGACCCAGGCUUCUGAACAGGCAACAAUGGAGUAUUCCAGGGGGAAGUACAGAAUUUUAGGAUACCAUACCUUAUGAACUUAUCCAAAUAAGACUGCAUGUUCUUCUUCGCCUUUUGAGGUAUAUGGUAUUGUCGCAGGCUUACUGGAUAAACCCCAAGCUUUAGUUCGAUGCGUAUAGGUGGGAUAUUGCGAGCAAGUCCUGGUGGGUUAUUUUCUGCCCACACUCCUGGUAUAUUAUACAAGGAUUCAUCACUCUUAGGGUUUUGACUUGUCAUCACUGUAUAAAGUCGCCACUCUUCUUCCUUUGGUACUGAUAGUGUCAUUAUACCUGAGGGUCCAUUAAACUUCAAGGAUGUCGUUCCGUUAGGCAGAAAUGUUAUCUGUGCUUGUAACUUCGACAACAAAUCCCGUCCUAGAAGUUGGACUGGACAUUCAGGCAUGUAAAGGAACUGAUGUUUCACUACGUGGCCUCCCAGUGUACAGAGUCGACUUUUGAGAACCGGUUUAGCAGCACUCCUCCCAGUUGCUCCUAUUACAGUGAUAGUUCUUCCUGAAGGAGAAGCAACUAGGUCGGUUACCACAGAAUGUUCAGCACCAGUGUCGAUCAUGAAAGAACUCCUUUUUCCCCCUAUUGCUACAUCGACCAUAGGCUCCGCUCGACCAAGGGGGAUGGAGCCCGGUCGGUAUCAAUAGUCCUCCAUGACAGUGUCAGCCAAACUCACAAAGUCCCUAUCUUCUCUUUCUCGUGGUCUCUGCGCUGCUGGGUAAUACCUAUCCCCUUGAACGCUUCCUCUACUAUUCCCACCAUUUCCUCCAGGGCCUCCUCUUCCUCUCACUCUACCUCUAGCUUUUGCAAUUUUCUUUUAAUAUCACCGUAAGCCUGGCUGACAAAGGCAGAGUUAACCAUCCGGGAAUUCUCAGGAGCCUCUGGACUAAAGGGGGUAUACAAUCGGUAUGCCUCCAAUAAUCGGUCAUAAAAGGCACUGGGCGACUCAUCACAUUUCUGCAAUACCUCAGCCGUCUUUGACAUAUUGAUCGCCUUUUUCCCUCCGGCUUUCAUGCCAGUAAUAAUGGCUUCCCUAUAAGCUUUUAGGUGAGCCAUAUCAGCACCAUUAACAUUCCAAUUCGGAUCUACGUUUGGGUAAUGAGCUGCGGCCCAUGCUACCGGGUUGGCCUGAUUCUGUGCACGGGCCACUUCUUCAAGCGCUUUAAUUGCCGCCUGAUUAAUCCGAGUCCUUUCCUCGUUAUUAAACAAUGUCAUAAGCAAUUGCUGGCAAUCAGCCCAAGUGGGAUUGUGCAUUUGGAUUAUGGAGGUAAUCAAAUCUGUCAUGGCUUGAGGUUUGUCUGUGUAAGAGGAGUUAUGGGUUUUCCAGUUGAAUAAAUCCGUAGUGGUAAAGGGAACAUAAACAAAUACGGGGUCGGCAUGUUGUAACUGGCCUUCACCAUUAAUGUGUGUCGGGCCCGGUGUCAAUCGGAGAGGCAUUUGAUAAUGUCGGGGUUGGAGGGUACCGGUCAAUUGUCGGGUUAGUAUGGGGCUUCGUUGAGGAAGGUCAGUUAUGGGUUCCGGUCGAGGGGUAAUAAGACGAGGGGAGGGGGACGCUUUUUCUUUACUGAAAGGGAGGUUGGUAAGCAGAAUAUUCCGGGCCGGGCUGGGAGGAGCCUGACCAGGAACCAGAAAUGACGUCAAAUCCGGAUAGGUGGAGUUAGUGGGGGUAGGUACCGGAAGGGGAGGGUUUAGAACAGGUGGGCUGGGCUCUGAGCUAGAGGAUGGGGUAGGAGGAGACAAUGGGGCAAGGAGAGUGGCAUUACUAGCCGCACCUCCUCUUCCUCUUCCUGUAGAGGAGGAGUAAGGGGGCGGUAAAGGAAUCUCUGACUCAGGGGGCGUGUCCAGAAUGGGCGUGAUCACGGCCUUGGUGGACAAACGAGUUCUGGCCAACAGGAGGCGGCAUUGCUCCUCUUGGCACACCCUGAUCCAUUUUGGCAAGUCAUCCACGGCCUGUUUCCAACAAUCAAUAUAUGGAAACUGGUCGUAAAGUUCCGGCCUACCAGAUACAGCUACGUGUACACGCUGCACUAGAUUAGGAUCAAGACUACCACGUGGAGGCCAUGCAACCACUAAGACAGGCCAUUCCCUGCUACAUAAAGUAGUCAAACGUGUUGGAGACAUCUUUACCCCAAAAUCACAUACAUUAUAUCCCUUUUUAAAAUUCUUUAACAUGCAAUCUAAGGGAUCAACGAUCUUUGAAUCCAACGCACCCAUACUUAACAAUGGAGCGUCGUCUCCAAUAGAAACAAAACAAAACACACUUCCAACAGUCACACCCGUUUCCCUUGGCAACAGCACCACGUGGCACAGUUACUAGGCCAAACGCACACAACAAAUCAUACAGGGAAUUCCCGUACACACACAGCUGUUACACCACACACUAAAUAACUAUUACUGUACCUUUUUUGGCGAAAUUAUACAAUUACCCACGCUAUAAUUCUCAGUAUUUAAAUUACCCGUCUAUAACACACCCUAGUAACAUCGUCUUUACAAACAGUAGUUAUAGUACGGUUAGCAUUGGUUAGAAUACAAUUUUAAAGUCACAGGUCAGUUAAUAGUAGUUAUGGUGUUAAACAUACAACAUAAACGACAGUUAUUAGUGAUUAUUUACAGUAUCAGUGAUUAUAAUACAUGGUUAUGGUACCAUGCGCUAUGAUACAGUUACACACUAUUCACACUCUCGCUAGACGGCAGAGCUCACGCUACCCAGCAAGAUGUACACUCUACUAUAAUACAUUUUAACACAUUUACAGUUUCCCAACUAAUCUAUUGGACAGUACCUCGAGGGACUACCUAAAACUAUUUACAUCCGUUUUGGUUAGCCGUCGCUGCCCAAGCACCACAUAUAGCGAACUAGAGGGCGGAAUUUACAACAAUACCCUUUUAGUCUAUCUACUCUAUCAAUAGUCUAGUGGGUUCCAAAUUUACACGCCUUCCCACUUAGCCAAGAUAGGUUGAGAACUAGCAAACGAUAAUGUACACCAGAGUCUGCUUAGUCUCCCGGUCCCUCCGACCUAGCGAACGAAAUGUACACCCUAGAUACGCUAGUCUAGACAAGACACCGGUGUCCGGCUUGGGCUAUAUACAUUCAACCAAGACCCAGCCUGACUCCAUACCAAGAUUAGACGGGCUGACUACAGGGCGUCUAAUUAUGAGCGGUGCGCCUUCGCUCCUUCCCUCCCUGGAGCGGGCCAAUUCCAUACACAAUUCCAAUUCAAACCCCUUAUGGGCCUACCGCACAAUCGGUAUCCAAUACCCCUAGUGGGUCCACCGUCUAAAACAGUAGUCGUCUUACCUCCUAGUUCACACUAAUCGACGGGGACACCCCAGUACUUACUACGUAGAGGCCGAUGAUCUCCUGGACAACAGACCAGUGGCGCCGAGACGAAGGGAGGUCCACGCAGAAGUUCAUGGGUGCAGCCGUAGAGAACGUGGGCAAAGAUAGACCUUCUCACGCCUCUGCUUCCUAGCCACCGUUAACGACGAGCUUCCCGGCCAAUGCACCAAAGAUGUUACCGGGAAACUGACGGAGGCCAAGCACAGAGAGAUGGACACGGGUUUCUUCAGGAAGGAAGAGAUCUUUAUUCGAUUCACCGACCGGGACUCAGAGGGACUUAUGUCACCGAAAACAGCAAAGAUCUGAGCACUGAAUACAUAGAGUACAUUCCUUAUAUAGCACUGUAGCUCCUCCCAUAAUUAGCUACGCCCACACAUACCCUUAACCUAAUCAAUGAAUAGAGUCUAAACUCAUCCAUCCGGUCUAACCACGUGGCUCAUCUGAAACAAAGGAGAGGGACGCGUAAUUCCAGUUCCUGCAUUCCUGCACAUGCUCGGUACAGUGAUGACAGUAUCUUAGCUACGUGUAACUAACUAACUGAUACUACAAACACAUGUACCUACAUAUGCCUUGUGGCAAUCUUGGCCUGCUAAACUUUUAUUUUACUGGAAUUCCAUCACACUAGGUUGAGUCUGAAUACUUUUGUCAUGUGACAUUCCCUUUUUCUCUGUUUAAUAUAUUUGCAAUGGUGUCAAAAAUCUGGUUUCAACCUUUGUCGUUAUGCGGUGUUGAGUGUACAUUGAUGUGGGGGGGAAAAUAUUUAAACAGUUGUAGCUAGGCUGCAACAGAAGGAAUCUGAAUACUUUCUAAACACAUUCAUAAUCCUCCAUCUUCCAGAAAGUUUACAGACAGUCAUAGUGAUUAUAGUGCAAAAACUCUGUGGAUACAGCAUUUCUGUUAAUUUAGUUGUUUUAUUGUCACCCUAUUUUUCUCCUCUCUUAAACCUGUGUAAUUGUAAAGAAUUUCUUUUUUCGGGGGCUGUACUAUAGAAGGUGGUGUCAAAUUGCUUUCUGUGCCCCUGAAUCACUGUUGUACGUUACUUUAUUAUGCCAUUCGCUUUAUUAUACGGAGUAUCUUGUAGUUUCCCCACAGCAAUGCGUCUUGAUUAUUACUACAUGACUGUAAGCUCGUUUGAUCAGUGUCCUCUUCAACCUAUCAUUCCUGUAAGUUUUCUUGUAAUUGCCCUAUUUAUAGCUCAAUCCCCCCUCUUAUAAUUUUGUAAAGUGCUACGGAAUCUGUUGGCGCUAUAUAAAUGGCAAUAAUAAUAAUAGAGAGUAAUAUUUUGUAGCAUUUUGAACAUGCUGGAUACAUGUUCACAAUGCUACAAAAUAUCACUCUGUUAAUCUGAUUAAUCUGCUAUCUUUAAUACAAUGUUUUUUCUUUUUUUUUCUGUAGGAUUUCAGCAUUACUAGUUUGAUUUUUUUUCAAAAACAGAGGUUUGUUCUAACACCAACUCUGAGAGAUGCCUUUUGAUGAGGAAGGAAUCAGUGGUCAGAUGAAGGCUGUUUCAAUCCUUUGAGAUAGACCUGAGUCAGUAGGGACUUGGUUGUUGAUCUUGGUUGUUAUGGUUACUGCAAGUGUAGAAAGUUUAUUAAGUCUAUUAUGGAAAAACAGAUCAGAUUUGUGUAAUUAGGCUUGGUGUCAGUAUUGGUAUUAAAGUGCACUUUGCAUAAAAUUUACAUGACCCAGCUGCACUUAUGUUUAAUUUUUCUACAUAUAUCCCCACCAUACAUUGUUGAUGUACUGAGUGCUGCAAGUUUAGGAGGUUUCAAGUGAUCUUGAGCAGUAAUAUUAUAAAGUGCUUUUGUGGUAACAGAUAUGUAGGAGUUCUGCAAUUAAUACUAUGUUUUACCAAUUGCUUGAUGUACUGGGUAAUAUGCUGAUUUUUUUUUAGCCUGGAAACUCUAUACAUGUCUGGACUGUGGUUUGACACCUCUGAAUAAAAAAAUAAAAGAGAAUUUGACAUCAGUAAAUUAAAUUAAUGUACAAGUUCUAAAACAGGCAUCAGUUACUAGGUAAAAAAGAGGGUUACAUACUCAAAUGAUGAUUGCCCAGAUUUCAAAGUAUAUUUCCUAUUUUAGCUUAAUGGAGUGGUGUUUAGAUCAUGUCCCUGCAGUAUCAUUGCUCAUUUUUUUUGUAAUUAAUGAGUUAAAUCACUUUGAUUAUGCAGAGCUAACCACCCCUGCAUGUGAUCAUUCUAAGCAGUCUUACUAAACAUUUCCUGUAAAGAGAGAUCUACUGUCUAAACUUCCUUCCUUGCACAUUGUGUUUAAGACGAUCUCAACCAAUCAGUGGCUCCCCAUUCAUAAAAAUGGCUUAAGAAAUGUACGUAAUGUUCUCAAGGUGUUUUUUCUAAAUUGUGAAUGACACCCUUGAACACAGCAGCCGUUUGCUUCUGUUCUUCAACUUUUCAGCAAAAGGAAGUACAGAGGUGCAGAAAGAUCAGCACUGGAACACAGACUUUGGGGUUAAACUGAUCGAGAAUAGUUUAACCCCCUUAACGUGAACCAGCACCAGUGACCUCCUGGCACUAUAACAACUUAAUUUUGAUGAAGGUGUUAUGGUACCAGAUCUAGACCUUCAUUUUUUUUUUUUUUUAUUCUUUAUUUUUGCUUUGCAUGAAACAACUUUCGCAUAUCAGUAAUGCGACAACAGCAUUCGCAAACAAUUUGAAAACACAUAUUCAUUGACUGUUGUACAUCAUUCAGAUUCAACGCACAAUAUAUUUUAGGUUAAUAAUACAAGAUAUGUACAUGCUGGGUAAAUGCGUCUGCCAUAGUGGAUUACUUUGUCGAUUAGUAACAGUACCUUAAGAUUAAUAUUUAUGUUGAGUGUCAUCACUUUAGUAUCUAGGACAUUGAUAUAGUUAUGAUUAAGUAAGGGACAUGCGUUUGUAUAGGAACAGCAGGUCUAAUUAGUCAGAACAUGUUAGAUUACGCAGUGCAGCUUGGAGAGGAAUAUGGCUAAUCAGGCAACAGUUCUGAGCUACUUCCUAUUCUAUGAUUAAACGGUGGUAUUCAGGCUUAGUAGAUAGUAGACAUAUUGAUUGGUAAGACAAAGUGGAUCAUGUUGGCACUAAGGUAAACAAUAAGGCACUGGUAAAAUCAACUGUGCUAGGCUAACUAACAGUGAGUAGAUCGGCAUGAAUAGGGCAGACAAUUGAGAAGUCUCGAGAGUCACUUAGCCCACACCAGCUGCUGGUAUGUUGUUGUCCCCCAUGUGGCGUUGUGCAGGCCUGCCUGCCAUAGUGAUGGUCGGCCAUUUGCAUGUGGGUCCUGCUGGGGUAGGGCAAAGUCCUGUUGUAUUAAUUCCGGUGUCAGGCCCGUUCGCCUAUUGCUGUGGGUACCUGUGGUUACAUUGCAGGUGUCUUCGUCUUGAGCUGUGGGUCUCCCCGUGACCUUGACAGGUUCCGGUGUCGUGUUGUGAGUCUGCCUCUCGGAGGUUGUGUAGCUGGGCCCGGAUUCAUGAGAGGUUGGGAUGAUACCUGUAUGUCCCUGCAGGCUGUCAUCUCUGCUUGGUUCUGCCGCUUGCGAGCAGGAGGGAGAGGUCUCCUUCGGCAGUGGCGGCGCCAUCUUGUGAUUACCCUCAGACGGGGGACAGCGUGGCUGUGGCUAAUACGUGUGGAUUCUCUCUCUUGGUAUGUUCGCUGGUGUGUUGCCCUGCUGCUCUCUAUAUGCUAUUUUCACCCAAUGAGCAUCGAAGAUGGCAUCCAGCCGUGUCUGGAUAUCAGUCCCCUCUUUGCCGCCAUUGUGGUCGCACGUGGCGUCCGCCAUUGUGUGGGCCUGUGUGGCUAGGAGUCGCUUCAUCUGCGUCUGCUGUUGCCAUGCUGCCUGACAGGGUUGGAACGGGAUCACCCCCGCUCGUCCUAAGGGGGGGUGGGCGAUCAGUUGCUCAGCGCCCCGGGUGUGGAGGCGAGGAGAGCGUCCGCCGCCACCGUGAACCGCUUCAGGUUUAUGCCUGUGGAAGACUCUUGUGACUGGUAUCGGGCGAUUCGCCAGGGUGCUCCCAGGUUGGGUCGCGUGUCCCGGCAUCUUUUCAGGCUUCAAGUCAGCGAGUAUUCCAGAUCUAGUCCUUUUAACAGAACAGGAAAUACAGACUUCAAAAGUAAACACAAUGUAGUGCUGUGUGAAUGUCAUGCAGGGCUGUGUUGUGGCUAGGGCUGCAUAAACAGAAAGAAAAAUUAUUUAACUCUUAAAUGGCGUAGAAUUGAGCUGUGAAGCUGCAGGGGAAUGAUAUAUGCCAGGUGUAGGCAACCUUUGGCAUUCUAGGUGCUGUGGACUACCUCUUUCAUAAUGCUCUUACAGCCAUGAUACUGGCAAAGCAUUAGGGGAGAUGUAGUUCUCAACAUCUGGGGUGCUGAAGGUUUUCUAUCCCAAUCUGUACACUAUAACUGCUUCAUUAAGCUAAAGUUGUUUUGGUGAUCAGAGAAUCCCUUUAAGGCGAUGUAGCCAUAAUGAAAACAAAAUUGACUUGGACAUUUUUUCUAAUGAAGCUUUUUUGGCCUAAACAUUACAUUACUGGCAGUCCUCACUUUAGUUAAUAAUCCUGAAUGACUAUUAGUGUGAUUACCUUGAGGCAAGUUGGCAAAUGAUAUGUAAAAUGUAAAAAAAUACAAAAAAACCUUGAAGUCAGUGGCACCUAGUAAAUCUUAAAGUUGAUGCGGUAAUAAGACUACCCCUGGAAUUUCACCAAGCCCCUGAUUUGAUGUGCUCUGCCCACAUAUACCAAUGUACUCAAAUAUUCAUCCAGUGAGAUGCCAUAUCUUGUUCAAAACCUUAAACCUACACAUUCCUUAUAUUCGGGUAAAAACACCCAAAUGAAAGAAAUUCAACUCCAUUCAAUCUAUCCAGUUCGUUUGCCCAUUGACAGCAAAUGAAAACAGGACUAUCUAGACCUCUCGUUAAAUAUCCAGGAUCUGACAGACCUAAGCAAAGCCAAUGGGUGAUAUUAGAAAUCCUUUUAGAGCAGACUAAGCAUGUCUCAAGGUCUAUACCAGAAAAUGACAGUUAUUCGAUUCAAGAGAUGAGCGAAAACUACCGAACUGAUCCUUAUAGACAUAUUGUGUUUUUUCUAACACAUAUUAAUCAUUAGACCUUCCUAAUAAGGGUGCUACUGUAAUUGGUGCUUUUUCCUGUAAUGUUUAAAGUAACACUCUAAGCACCACAUCAUCUGCAUAUCUUGGGUGCUGUAUUCUCUGUUUUUGUGCAUACUGUUUGUUUUUAAAUAAGUGAGUAAAUCUGAUUUUGUAUUUAAUUUUUUUAUUUAUUUUAUUUCAUGGGGGGGGACUUGAGAUAGGAACACUAUAGUGUACUGUUAGGAAAAUAAAUCUGUAUUCCUAAAACUAUAAUGUUUUUUUCAAAGCAGUUCUAUCCCCUUCUGGUGACCAUGCUGUUUGCAUUGAGGUGGCCAUGGGAUGCAGUUAAUAGUGAGUUUUUCUCACUUGAAUCUGUCCAUUAUGGUUGCCUUAGUCUUUUUCUGCAGGAUCCUCCUAAGCUCCUGGUGCUUCAUCUGCCAGGAGCCAACGUUCGUGCUGUACUCUCACAAUGCAAUCACUAGUGACAUCUGAGUGUAGGACAAAUACAAAAGACAAAGUAGUCCCUAUUUUGGCUUAUGAUUUCUUUUGACUGGGUUGGAUUUUCAGCAGGUCGAACUAGGCAUUCGCCUAGAGUGCCGGCCUGUCAUUAGUCGAACUAGGCAUUCGCCUAGAGUGCCGGCCUGCUGGGGGCGCCCACCAGGAUAUUUCCUGGUGGGCUCCCCCUGUCUUGGGUCACAGCGCUUAGCGAGCAGCUCUAGAGCCGCCCCCCUCAGCACCGGGCUGCUCCUCCAGGCGCCCGAAGUUGGGGGCGCCCAGAGGAGCCCUGUCACAGUAUGGCAGAGCAGGCACCUUCUUACCUUGAUGACAGGUGCCUGCUCUGCCAUCAAAUGCCGGUGACUGGAGGAGAAGGGGACGGAGCAGGCAGGCGGCGAGGGAGGCUCUUCUUGCAGCCUCGCACUCCUCCCUCGCGCGCCCUUUGUGAUGCCAGGAGCUGGAAUAUGAUGUCAUUCCGGCCCCAGGAUACUAAACAGCGGGCGGGAGGAAUGAGGAGUUGCCCCACACUGGACCCCCGGAGGUGAGUGUUUGAGUGUUUGUCAGUGAGUGAGUGUGUGUCUGUCAGUGAGUGUGUGUGUCAGUGAGUGAAUGUCUGUCAGUGAGUGUCUGUGUGUGUGAGUGUGUGUCAGUGAGUGUAUGUCUGUCAGUGAGAGUCUGUGUAAAUGUGUGUGUGUGUCAGAGAGUGAAUGUCUGUCAGUGAGUGUCUGUGUGAGUGUGUGUCAGUGAGUGUAUGUCUGUCAGUGAGAGUCUGUGUAAAUGUGUUUGUGUGUCAGAGAGUGAAUGUCUGUCAGUGAGUUUCUGUGUGUGUGGCAGUGAGUGUAUGUCUGUCAGUGAGUGUCUGUGUGUGUGUCAGUGAGUUUGUGGUGUGUGCAUAUCUGUCAGUGAGUAUCUGUGUGUCAGUGUGUGUGUGUCUGUCAGUGAGUGUAUGUGUGAGUGAGUGAGUGUAUGUCUGUCUGUCAGUGAGUGAAUGUCAGUGAGUUUCUGUGUGCGUGUGUCAGUGAGUGUAUGUCUGUCAGUGAGUGUGUGUGUGUAUGUCUGUCAGUGAGUGAGUGUAUGUCUGUCAGUGAGUGAAUGUCAUUGAGUUUCUGUGUGUGUGUGUAUCAGUGAGUGUAUGUCUGUCAGUGAGUGUGUGUGUAUGUUUGUCAGUGUCUGUGUGUGUGUGUGUGUGUGUGUGUGAGUUUCUGUGAGUGAGUGACAUGAAGGGGCGGCAAAAUGGAUCUUUGCCUAGGGUGGUAGAAAUCCUUGCACCGGCCCUGAUUUUCAUUAAACAGUCCCAACAAUCGCUCCUCUCAGAACCCGCUCACCCGUCUCAAUCUGAUACCUCCCAAUAUUGGGAGGUAUGCCAUAGUAGGUUACAAUAUAAAAACUGUCUCAAUAAGUGUCUGUGUCUGUGAGUGUGUAUCUGUGAAUCCCCUUAAGAAUGGUAAUAGUGAGACAGAAAACACCUCCACCAUAGUAUACAAGAAAACCAUUGCAGUGGGUACUAAUAAAAACACAGAGGGGCAGAAGGAAGCAUCAACACAAAUGGGGAAAAUGGCAAUCAUAAAUGAAAAACAGGAAGAAAAAGUGCAAGUGUGAAAUAAAAUAAAAUGUUGAAAGAGAAAAGAUGAUCUGAAAAUGCUGGAAGGGUAUUAAGAUGACUGUAGCUGAUAAGGGACUAGAGGAAAUCCAGUACUUGUCCAAAUUCAAAUAUUCAGUCAACCAAAUAUGUUGUAUUUUGAUGGAGUCUUCUAUUUUUAGACCAUUAUUAUUUGUAUUUAUUUUUUUACACAAGUGAGUUAAAUUUUCCCUUUUGGCCUGGUAGUAUGAGAGAAUUAGAUGAUUUAGAACAUAAAACAGUAGAUGAUAAGAGUCAGGCACCCAGUGUACGGAUUAAUUGCUGGGAAAAUAGAAAAUAAGUGGUUUCAUUUCUGAACUGUACAUUAGGAUAAUGUUCCAUUAACAUGGUUUGCUGUUGUGUUUAAAACCCUGGUGGGAAGUGUGGAGCCAGAAAAACAAUUUGCUACACAUUCUUGUGAAGGAGGGAAUACAAAAUGCCCUUCUGAUGUCUUAUAUGCCAAAUAUAAUUUAUUGUUUUGUGUUCUGUUAUAUGUGAAGACGGGUGUUUUUUGUUUUAUUUGGUUUUAUUUGGUUUCUUAGCAUUUGACUUAUCACUGAUCAUUUAUUCCUUGCUCAUCAACAUCUGACUAGCAAAUAUUGUGAAUUAAAGGAACACUCAGCACCUCUGAGUUAAGCCCUGCAGAGCAUCAGGUGAUAGACGGUUUGACUACUUGCAUUAGGCAAGCUCUAGGGCACUCCUGGCACCAAUAUCAUUAAAACACGCUGUAGUGAUUGUUUCUUGAAGUGUUCCUUUACUGUUGGUGGAAAUUGGUCUGAAUGCUUUUCUUUUUAUUUUAUAUAAAAAUAAAAAGAUCGAAAGCACAACUGAUCGUAUUACAAGGUAACAUUUUUACUAUAACUAAAGUUCACAAUCAAAAUGUUUCUUGUACAGUUAAUAUAGCUGGGGCUAUGAUUUCUUGUUAUACUCAAGAUAAUAAUUGACAAAGUUUUGUCUUUUGUGUCUUUGAUGAGAGACCUCCAAUAUUAGACAGGGGUAAUAGUUAAGUAGAGAUGGGUAUAUGACAAAGGGUACUAUAACUACUACAACUCACUGUAGUGGUUAUGGUGCAAAAAAUAUUUUAGUGCUUUACCCCAGAUUUCUGUCAAGCCAUUUUCAAGUGGUUUGGAAGAAAAUAAAAUGUCUACACACAAAAUAUAAGAGUCAUACAGUCUCUCAAGCAAUAAAGAGGUUACACUUAAAACAUUUCCACCUUGGACUAGUUUGAUGGAUUGCCACCAUUCUUCAAGCCUAACAUUGUCAUACAAUGCUUUCUACAGAUAUUACCUGUACGUGUUCUUAUUUUUACCCACCUUGGGCGUGCCUGAAAUACCCAAUUCCAGCAGUUAGUAAGGGUAGGUCUGGCAUGUAUGCAGAAAAGUAAAAAGGUGUAUGCUGAAUGUUUGUGGCUUCAUAGCUAAACUUGUACUGCUAAGAGUACACAUCGCAAUGCAAACUUAGUCAUACCAUUGCUUGGCUCAACCUCAAGUAAACUAUCAUACUGUACUAUCUAACCCGCUGGUAUUGGUAGAAGAAUUCAGGAUUAAAUAGCAUGCAGGAAGAAUAAUAUGAAGCUAUAUAACUGAAUAAAUAUGAAGUUAAUUGUACACCUGCAUAUGGAUUGCAGAGCUUGUUGAGUAAUGUUCUUGUCUGUUAGCACUGGGCCUGCACCUGUAAGAUUAUCAAUGAACACAACAAAGCAUUGUCUGCGCAGAGCAUACACAGAUACCUUUUGUGCUAAUAGUAAUAAUGUAUAUGUCAACACAAGUGAUUUUAAGGACAAGAAUUUAAAAUCUUUUCAGCAGGCCUAUGAUUAAAGCAGAGUAGUUGGGAUAGAAGUCUUGUUCAUGGCCAGUUUAGUAUAAGAAAAACCGCAGCAGAAAAUUAAAGGGUGAAUCCAUGUAUCAUAACCCUUACAGACCUCUGUAGUGGUUAUAAGAACCCAAGCCAAGUGGGGUAAACCAGUGAUAAACAGUUUCUCUUAUCCCCUGCCAGACUUUUAUCCAACCUAGAGGUCCAGUGGCACACUUCCAACUUCUGCAGAGUUGUGGCAGCUGCGACCAUCUCCAUUCAUUGGCUGAGAGUGCCAGCUGACUGCUCUCAGCCAAUGACUGACACUCUGUGCAAUGAAAUUUGUGAAACUCCAGUUCUGGAUUGGCUGAUGACACCUCAAUGAUGCUGCAAUUGCAAUAGGUGAAGUUACACCUCCAGCAGCAGCAAGUUUAACCUCCGUAAACUCAUGGAAAAGCAUUUGAUUGGACCAUUUCACUGGCUCAGAGUUCAUGUACUCUUUGAGCUGGUAAGGGGGUGGAUCCAAGGAGUGAGGUAAAAUUUGCAUGAAAAGAGGGAGGGAGAUACAUUAUUAGCAUUAUGUCUGUUGCCGAUGCGCUGAUGACGAAUGUAAUAUUUGUACAGAAUUUCAGAGGUCCAGGCUACCUAAGCCACGUGUGUCUGGGGUGCAACUAGUCCCCAUCACCAAAGUGCAAAUACUUCUGGAUGUGCAGCAUUUCGAGCAGAAACACUGCAUAUAUAGAUUCCUACCACAGUGACCACUUCUAAAAACAGAAGUGGUCAUGGUGGUUGGGGCAACCCUUUAACCAUACGCUACUCCUAACCCAGCUUUAAACCUUAUACUAUAUUAACUGUUACGCUAAUCAUGACUCAGAGGGAUGCCCUCUGCUGAUGUCAGUACCGAGAUCAGUAGAAGGAUUUCACACCUCACAUAGUACAGAGCUUACUGUUUGAUUGCAGCAUGUGAGCACAUGCUGCAGCUUCUGCUUGCUGGCUUUGCCAAUCACUAUGUUAUUAAUUCUGGGAAACAUGCACAGCAUUAACGCUGAUCACUGGCAGCAUGGGGCAUGCAGGGACCCUGGGGAGUCUCCCUCUGUGUUUGAGGGAAUAUUGAUAAUCACUUCAUAACUAGUUCAUUUAGCCAUGGUGACUUUAAAUUAAUUUAGAGUGCAGUUUGCAGCGUUCACUUCGAGUGCUGGAUACAGGUUAUCUGUCAGUUUGGGACCACUAAAUAUGGCAGCAGCUGGCAAAAGGAAAUCCCCAGGUAUUCACAGAUGCAGGGGUCUCCCUGGUGUGAGCUAAUAUUUACCACAGUUGUAAGUUGUAAAGCAGGGCUAUCCAACCAGGCCUGCAAUUCAAUAGUCAUGUAUUCUCUAUUAUUAAGUGAUUUAUUGAGCGGCUAAUAUACACUUAAUCAAUGAUCUCUUGAAUCAUUGAGUGAGAUAUGUACAUUUUUGUAUGAUGUUAAUAUAUAUGUGUGUGACAAUUGUGCUAAUAAUACUUUAACAUAUUUGUAUUUAUUUUUAUUACAGAUGGUUAUGCAACAAGCAAAGAAAAAGUGACCCUGUGCUACGCUGUGGCUAGCUUCUGACCUUGGACUAUUGGCUUGAAACAAUUAUUCUUUUGAACAGAUAAUUGUCUACAUAAAAAUACUUACUUUUAUAUUUUGAUAAAAUUAUAGCCAGGACUGAGGCACAAAUGGAUGUUAUUGAGACCACAAAUAUUGAAGAACAUACAGUAUCUCAGGAAAACCAAACACCAAAUGGUUUCCCAAGGUCAGUCUCAUCCAAUAGUGAAGAUGACAAAAACGUUAAAAGCAAGUCCAAAAGUAUGGCCAAUGGCUUACGGAAAGGCACAAAGAAAUAUCCGGACUAUAUUCAGAUUUCUAUGCCAGCUGACACAAAAACCAAAUAUCCCUUGGAAUGGUGGAAAACCGGGAUUGCCUUUGUUUAUGCACUCUUUAACCUGGUCCUUACCACUGUCAUGAUCACAGUGGUACAUGAGCGAGUACCUUCAAAGGAGGUGAACCCUCCCCUUCCAGACAAGUUUUUUGACUAUAUUGAUAGAGUGACGUGGGCAUUUUCUAUAUCAGAAAUAAAUGGAAUGAUUCUGGUUGGAAUUUGGUUUACCCAGUGGCUCUUCCUCCGAUACAAGUAAGUGCCUUGCAAUGUGUUUAUUAUAUUGUGUUUGCCCCUGUGUCUCUCUACCCGUAAGCAGAUGAAAUGAAGCUUUAACAAACUGUAGAUAUGACCAAAAAAAAAGCCUUGAUCAAGAGGAAGAAAUAAAAUUAAAACUACCUGGGUUUUGUGCAGCUGUGCAAAAUACACUUAGAAGCAGCAAUAUUUUUACCUGAACAUGAAAAGAGGCUUGUGGAAUGGAUCAGAAUGACAUGUUCCAUUUACAGUUAUCGAUUUUACUUCUAUACACUUUGAGCGUGUCAGAUAAAAAAUACGCACCUACCAGUGGAGAUAUAGAAUUUGACUUAAAGGAACAUUAUACUGGUGGAAAUACAAACCUGUAUUGCUAAGACACCAGUGCCCCUUUCACAAGUUAUAUCUAGGCUUCCUUCCCUCCAUCCUUCCUUCCCUCCUUCCUUCUCUCCUUCCCUCCCAUACAUGCAAAUACUUUCUCCACACACCACUCGCUAACUGACCUCUAUUAUGCCAGUAUCCGGUUCACCUUUUGGAAUUGGCAGCCAUGCACCUUAGACUAUGCGUUAUGACCCUUCUCCCUCAACGGUGCUUGGUCCCAGUCGGCUCAAGUAUAUGAGCACGGUCAUAAACUGCAUUUCCAUAUUCAUUAAGUGUAACCCUGCCAGUGCACUUAGAUCUUCACCUUCAUUUCUGCCGUUUCUCCUUAUGGGAAUACUCUGGUUAAAUCUCAAGCAUUGGCUACUGCCUAGGUAUUUCUUAUGAGCUCAGUAUCAACAUCUUUGACAAACAUCACCCUGUUUUUGUUAUCUUGUUUUCUGUUUAACCAUAAGUCAUGAUUUCUACAAACUACCAGAUGACAUCGGCUAUGUACUCCCUUUUAGCUGACUACUCUUACAAAAUGCUUUGUAUCACCAAUCUCAAUGUGAUACCAUGUCUUCUUACUUUUGUAUUUGUUAUUGUUUCUGAAUGUAUACUUCUGCAACAAUGACAUUUAAAUUAUGAAGAUAUACCAUAAAUAAAGAAUAAUACAAAAUUUUUACAAGACCACUGCACCCAGACCACUUAAUUGAGAUAAACUGGUCUGGGUGAUUUCAGUGGUCUUUUUUUUCCAAGUGUGCUUGAUGUCUGUAAAGGGCAUUUGUUUGACUGGUAUGAUUUCAUAUUGAGCGUUAAGAAUAUUCUGUUCACAAGUGCUAAUGCUGUAGUUUUGUUUUGGAGUACAGGUCAUUCACUUUCCUAUUGCUUAAUGAAUUUGUGUCAAAUAUUAGCAUCAAAUUAAAGAACCAUCUACCACCUAUGAACAUGCCUGUAUCUGUUGGUGGCAUUAAGACAUGUGAUACAAAUUAUAGAACAUCCAUAGUGCACAAUGGAUUCAGAUUAGCGUGCCAGCCUUAUUGUGUUUUAUCUUGCACUGUUGAUAUUAGAGUAAAUUUAUGCCUCAGAAAUAUUAACUCAAUGUAUGUAGUUUGGCCUAGAGGUAGUGCCCAAUUUCAGGAAGAAAUUCCUUAUCAACCAUGAGCCAUGGCAACUUUUUUGCUUAUCACAUUAGCAGCUUCUCAAAGUCAAGGAAUCCCACUUGGACAGUCCAUGAAAUUCGGAACUUGCUCGGUAAACUGUACAUUUGCCGUAUUCUCCUAGGGAGAACAGAAGGAGCACACUGCAAUGAGGAUCCAUUUCUGAGCUUAUGACAAGGGAACAAAGUUACCAAAAAUAUGGUAUCAUCCAAGUUCAUUUGAUAUAAAGACUUUAUGUUCUCCCAUUAACCCCUUAAGGACCAAACUACUGGAAUAAAAGGGAAUCAUGACAUGUCACACAUGUAAUGUGUCCUUAAGGGGUUAAAGCCCUACCAGAAUAGGAACCUUCAUCUAAAGUAUUGUAUUAGAGGUGAACAUGGUCAGGAACACCAUAUUUCCCACUGAUAGAGCGAUUAGCAGCAUCGUAAUUUGCACAAAGACCAAAGAGUGUUUGACAAACUUAUACUUAGAAUAUUAACACAAUCUCUUUACUGAUGUUGACCUUUAAAUAAAUACUACAAGCAUCAUAACCACCACAGCCUACUGUAGAGGUUAUGAUGCAAGGAGUGCCGUGGUGCCCUCCAAGAGUAAAUAGUCAAACUGUUUAAGAACAACUUAUCAGAGUCCCACCGGGCUCUUGUUGCGGCCUGAUAUGGUGCAGGAAACACCUGCAAGAACCUUUAUUAAUGCCACUGAGCGAAACCCUGCCACACAAGUCCGUCUCAUUGACUAAGAGCAUUAGUUGAGUACUCUUAGCCAGUGAGCGAGGUUCUUCACAGCUAGGCUAAGCUCAGUGGCAUGCCUUUCAAGAAACAGAAGGAGGUAGCAGUGGACAAGGGAUCAUGGUAAGUUGACAUACUAUUCUUAAACUGUUUGACUGCUUACUCUAGGAGGGAGCCAGGACACACAUUACCACUACUUACCUUUCUCUAAGUAAUUUUUGUGGAGUUUUUUUCUUUUUUUUACGUUUUACAGUUUACAAAUUACAUUUAUGUGCUGUAAUUGACAGGCUUAUGUCUAUUUCCCUGGCAUCUUACUUUCCUAUGUUCAUUGCACACAUUAUAGUGUAUACAUAAUUCCAUCAGCAUAGGAACUGGGGAGGGCACCCCUCCCCAAGGAAAUAAUGUAUAGGGACAGAUAAUGGAUAAAUCCCCAAGUUAAAUGAGGCAUAUAUUACAGAGACAGUGGGAACUAGAGCAACUGAACUUACAUAAUGUAAUAUGUUGAAGCUUUUUAAAUGACAGUAAUAAGUUCAGUUGCUCCAGUUCCAGCUACUUCUGUAAAACAAUUUAUGCCUUAUUUAAAUAGGGGCCCGCAAGCUGAUAGGGCCCCUAUCUGUGUUUCACUGCACACCGUUCUUUAAAGGGACACUAUAGUCACCUGAACAACUUUAGCUUAAUGAAGCAGUUUUGGUGUAUAGAACAUGCCCCUGCAGCCUCACUGCUCAAUCCUCUGCCAUUUAGGAGUUAAAUCCCUUUGUUUAUGAACCCUAGUCACACCUCCCUGCAUGUGACUUGCACAGCCUUCCAUAAACACUUCCUGUAAAGAGAGCCCUAUUUAGGCUUUCUUUAUUGCAAGUUCUGUUUAAUUAAGAUUUUCUUAUCCCCUGCUAUGUUAAUAGCUUGCUAGACCCUGCAAGAGCCUCCUGUAUGUGAUUAAAGUUCAAGUUAGAGAUUGAGAUACAAUUAUUUAAGGUAAAUAAGAUCUGUUUGAAAGUGAAACCAGUUUUUUUUUCAUGCAGGCUCUGUCAAUCAUAGCCAGUGGAGGUGUGGCUAGCGCUGCAUAAACAGAAACAACGUGAUUUAACUUCUAAAUGACAGUGAAUUGAGCAGGGGAAUGAUCUAUACACUAAAACGGCUUUAUUUAGCUAAAGUAAUUUAGGUGCCUAUUGUGUUCAUUUAAAUCUUACGCAAUCUUUAAAAAUCCAUAUGUCUUCCUUUGAAUGUAAAUAUAUUUCUAUGGCAUGUGCAAACUGUAUGUAAGAUCUCCCCAGCUCUGAGCAGUGGCGUACACACAAUCCAUGGGGCUCAGCUGCGAAACUGAUCCACGGGCCCCCUUCCUCCUUCCCGUCCCCCUUCGCUUCCCCCUUCCCUCCCGACAGACACACACGCACAGACAUACAUAGACACACACACGUAGACACAGACAGACAGAUAUAUACAGUCACAGACAGACACACAGACAGACACACACACUAGACACAUAUACAUACAAAGACACAUACAUACAGUCACACACACACACAAAGACAGACAUACAGACACCCACACACAAAGACAGGCGUACAGACAGACACACUCAGACACACAUACACACACAUACAAAGACACAUACAGACACAGACAGACACACAUACAUACAUACAAAAAGACAGACUCAUACACACAGACACAUACAUACAGAUACACACAUACAUACAAACAAACAAACAAUAUACAAAAUAUUUGUCACCCUCCUGUUUCCUACCUUUUAGGUGCAGGAGGGUGACAUUCCCUGUGGUCCAGUAGUAGCUUAGCCUGGUGGGAGUCAGAGUUCCCGUGCGGGCUCUGUGUGAUUGCUUGGAGGAGUGACAGGCAGUCACUUCCUCCCAGCAGUGAUGUCAUCACAGGGGGCCCGGUCGCGCUGUUAAAGUGCCCAGUGCUGGCUGGGCCCCCUGAAAAUCCAUCUCCAUCGUGUGGCCCUAACAGCAUGGGCCACCUGAUGGACCCCUUGAACAGCAGCCCCGGAAAACAUGGCGGCUGGUACCCGGGGUCUGCAGCUGCGACCCCUAUAUGUACGCCAGUGGCUCAGAGUGUAUCCAAGCCAACACAUUCUAAUGCAUUCAUUUACAGGGUCACAAAAUAGCUUGUUUCUCUGAUUUUACUGAUUUCCAUAAUAAUUUUAGUGAUAUCAUGAUAUCCAUAUAUGGAGUAAAUGAAAAUAAAAAGGUGGUUCAGCAUAAGAUAUUUUAAUGUUAAAGGGACACUAUAGUCACCAGAACCACUACAGUAAUGGAUUUGGUGUCUAUGGCAUGUUCCUGCAGUCUUAACAUUGUAAACCCUGUCUUUUCAGAAAAAAAAGUCUGUGUUUACAUUGUUUGCUAGUUACAUCUCUUGUGGCAGUCACUCAGACAACGACUAGAGGUGUUUCCUGUUUUUGCCAUUCAUGCUUUCAUGUGGAAAAGCAUUGAGUUGUUUGAGAUUGUCAAGAUUGAUGAUCUCAGCCAUGGAGGCGGGACCAGCCCCAGCAAGACCAGCAGUGAUGGAGAAGAGGUAGGUAAAAUAGCUUUUUGCUCCAUUCUGAGUGUAGUCCAACACUAUAGUGUUAGGAAUACAUGUUUUGUAUUCAUAAAAUGAUAGUGUUACUUAAAAAUAAAUAAAAAUGCUCUAAACAGCAGCUUCCUCUUUGUACUCUUUUGCUGUGCUUAAUAAACAAACUAAAAUAGACAAAAUUACAAUAUAGUGAAGAUUUUGUGAAAUCUGUGCAUGUAGCAAACACAACCACACUUACAAACAGUGGUGGUUUGGAAAAGCACGCAUUUAUUAUUUAUUGGCAUUUGUAUAACGACAACUUAUUCUGCAGCACUUUAUAAGUGUUAAUAAUAAUACGUGUUUACCCAAAUCACCCAUUUUUGUGAGUGUGCAUAUAUAUGCCAGAUCUAAAACCAAUAGAUAAUAGUACAUAUAUUAAGGGACCCUAGUAUAACUCUGUGAAACAACCUCUCACACUUUUCAUGAGGAUGUAGUGUCUUCAAAAUCCCCAUAGGAAAGUGUGGGGAAGCCAGAGGGACACUUUAGUCUUAGAAAUACAGCUUUGUAUUCAGUGCUCUAGACAUUUCUAUGUCUAAACUAAUUCUGCUUCCAUAUAAUUUGUUAAUGUAUUAUGACUAUAAGAAGGCUCUUUGUAUCAUUCCCUUUGUUUGUUUUUAUUUUAUUUAUUUUUACACCGCCAACGUCUCAAUGCGUUUGUUAUAUAUAUUUGUUUUAUAGCAGAUGAACAUAGGAAUGAGUCAUAAAUGUCAAUUUAUCCUUACAUGUUCUACUUCUCUCUUCUUUUUUCAGGUCAAUAGUGGGUCGCAGAUUUUUUUUUAUUGUUGGAACUUUGUAUUUGUACAGAUGUAUUACAAUGUAUGUCACAACUUUACCCGUGCCUGGACUGCAUUUUGAAUGUGCACCAAAGGUAAGUGUCCUUAUCCUGAAAUUACUCUGUUCUAUAUGAAACAUGUGUUACCAGACUUGCAUGUGAGAAGCAUUCAUAGUAUCAAAGGUGAAAAGUGUACAGAAGGAUCAGCGCUUAAAAACUUAAAUAAAGGCAGCACACCUAUAGGAUAGGGCUCCCUCACAGGAGCCUUAUCUUAUAGUCUACUUAUAGUAUCAAAGGUGGUCCAAAGCAUGUUCAUAAUAGGUAAGUUGCUGAAGAACAAUUCUCCAGUAUUCAUGAAGCUUGGGUACCUGUGAGCAUGUUGAUGUUUACCUGGAUUUAUCUUCGUCUUUGAGAAUAUUCCUUAACCCUAAACCAACCAUAUAACCUAUUUUUAAUCUUUAUUUUCUUAGGUCCUGGGCGCCACCAUCUUUGUGUGGGUAGAUGAAGUCCCUGUUGGACACAUCAUUUGCCCACACUAGAUAGCGCUGUGAAAUUCCCGCAAAUGUCCAGUUAAACACUUGGGCAUUUCGUUACGGGAAUUUCGUCCAUUCAUUCAUCAGAAAAACGAAUGAAUGAAUAGAAAUUUCAGACGAACAAACAAACACUGACUAUCGGUGUUCGUUCAGUUUAUUACAAGGAGGGAGCUACCAGUGCGCAGCUAUCUCCUUGUAAAAUGUAACAAUAGAAGCAGCAGGGAGAAGUGCUCCCUGCCACUUCCUAAGCCGCCUCCCCAAUGUCCUCCCUCACUUUAUGGGGGUCAAUAUGACCCCCAUAUUAGCACAAGGGAGAUUAUUGACCCCCAUAUUAGCAUAAAUGAAAUCUCCCGAAUGCCCCUACUCCUAUGCUGCGAGUAGGGUCAUGUCUGUGGCUGCUCACUGUUGUAAAAUAAGAACGUCCCCCUCCUUCCAACAAGUAGUCCCCCCCCAACCCCCACUGUGCUCCGCGAGUGGGGGCUGUGCAAAUAAACGGGAGGGACACUGAGUAAUUUUAUACAGCGUGGGAAAAUUAAAAAAAAACUUUCCCAUGCUGUGAAAAAUGACAUAGAGUACUCAUCAAAGUGAUGUGACCGGUAAAUGUAGAGACUUACCGGUCAGUCGCUUCAUUUACCUGUCAGAGCACUCUCAUUGGUUGGCUUAAACCAACCAAUCAGAGCGCUCUGAGCCAAAUUGCAGGGCAUGGGAGCAGAUAUGAAGCUGUAGAAGAGGAACAUCAGACUUCUGUGCACCCUGUCUACAGGAUAAGGUAGCGGGGGCCCAGAACUGUGUGUGUGUGUGUGUGUGUGUGUGUAUAUAUAUAUGUAUAUAUCGGUGUGUGUGUGUGUGUAUAUAUAUAUAUAUAUAUAUAUAUAUAUAUAUAUAUGUAUAUGUAUAUGCAUAGGUGGCCCCAGGGCCAGAUUAAGAGCCCAGUGGGCCUUGUGCUGACAAUUAUUAGGGGCCUAAGUACAGAAUCUUAUCGACUAAAAACACUACAACAGUCAUACCUCUCAAGCAUUGUGUAUCUGGUGGAGAUGUUGCCGGAGGGAAACACAUAGGAUGCAGCUAUAAGAAAACUCAGAUUCUCUUAAAAUAUGCUUAUCUCUCUCUAAUUCAUGCUUUCACCUUUCAAGUAAAUCCAUGCUCCCUAACAGCAGUGUCCAGUGAAGCAGGAAGUCAGUGGGCGGUGUAAAAGGGUGGACCACUGAUGCGCAGCACGUAACCAGAUCUUCAGAAAGGGACGAACAUGCCCAAAAAGGAGGCAUGUCUGCCCAAAGAAUUGGAAGGCUACCCUGGCAUGAAUGCAUGUCAGGCUGCCUGCCAAUCAUGCAUGCUGGCCAACAGAAACCUGAGUUUGACAUAAAUGCGUCUAAUGAUGCGCUCGCUCCAUGCUUUCUAAGGACUGUCCACUAUCACUCACAUGUCCACUUGUCUCCUUACCUUCUUACUAUCAGGUAGAAGCUCCUGGUAUACAGUGGGAGACAAAGAAGAGGUGGAUGUAGCGAGUGUAGAGGAAAGGGAACAUGCCACAGUGUUAGAGACCAAAGUCAGCAUUACCUUAAGUAAUUUAAUUUCAGCUCGUCCACACAAGUUUUGUUUUCAUAUAUCCCUCUUAAGUUUCCAUACUAAGCAUGAGUAUGUGAAGAGUAGUUAGGGUUGCCACCUUACUUGGAAAAAAUACAGGCCUUAUUAAUUUGCAGAACUAAUUAUGUAUGCAUUACAUCACAUGAUGUAAAUCACAAGGAGUGACAUAAGAGAAAAUUCUGUAAAAUCACCAAAAAAACUACUUACAGUAUGAUUAUGCUUCAUAGAUGGAUUGCUCCCAGUGUCUCCCUGUCUCCCAGUGUCCCCAUGUCACCAAGUGUUCCCUAGUGUCUGUGUCCCCAUGUCUCCCAGUGUCCCUAUGUCACUAGGGGACACUGAGACAUUUGGGGACACUGGGAGACUUGGGGACACUGAGACUAUGUAUCAAUGUCCCUAUGUAUCCCAGUGUCUGGGUCCCAUGUCACUAGGGGGCACAGAGACAAGGGGAUACUGGGAGACACAUGGGGAGACUGAUACACUAGGGACACUGGUAGGAACAUGGGAACACAGACACUGGGAGACAUGGGGACACUGGGACACAUAGGGACACUGAGACACUAGGGGCACUGGGAGACAUGGGCACACAGACACUUUGGACACUGGGAGACAUGGGAACACUGAGACACUUGUGGACAUUAUGUCCCUAGUGUCACAGUGUCCCCAAGUGUCUCAGUGUACCCAUGUCUCCCAGAAUCCCCUAGUGUCUGUGUCCCCAUGUGUGUCUGUUCCCAUGUCUCAGUGUCCCCAUGUCUCCCUGCAACCUUUCCCCCAUCCUUCAUUUCCCUGAGCUGUAGGCUGUCUCUGCAGGCUGUGAGCUGCUGUCUUGACUCUCUGUGCUGUGUAGUUGCUCCCCUGCAGAUCAGUGAGUAGAGAGAUGCAGGUAUAUGCUGUAACUUCCUAUCCCUGCUUCUCUCCACACACAUAGGGAUCUCUACUGGCCGGUGCUAGUAUUGCAGAGUAAUAUCUGUUUAUACUGAGAAAAACACCGGCAUUUAUAUUGACGGUAAUACUUGAAUAACGGUACCGACCAGGCAGCCUCAAAUACAUACCAGCCAGGGGGCAAACCUAAGAGUAGUGUGUGAAAUUUUUUUUUUAUUUUUUUUAAAUCAAUGGGCCUGGGCCUGGGCCUGGGCCUGGGCCUGGAGCUGCAGCUCCAUCAACCCCUAUGUUAAUCCGGCCCUGGGUGGCCCAAGCCACCACAGCAGGCACUUUACAAAAAACACAGCAUAUUAAUUUGUAUUGGUGCCCGGAGUGUGCUUGAAGUGUCCUUUUAAACAACAGUUUUUUCAUCCGUCUUUAAUUACUCUCAGCAGUCCAAGAACUAGGUAUUUUCUGUUCUGUUCCGUAUUACAAACCAUAGGUGUGCAUUACAUGGCACAAAUAAAUGUACUGUCAGCUGACCAGAGCCAGCAAGUCUUCAUAGUAAUCAGAGAUUGCAACUCUCAAAGUUGAAUUACUGUUAAAUGUCUCAUGGGGACUCAUAUAACACAAUGUAUGAUCUAUUGUGGUGAGAACAGUGUCAAUAUUAGUGUCAGGUUGUUACAAGAGGUCUGUGGUGGCCACACAGCCUCCAGGCUGCAAGUUGGUAGAAUGAGUAUUAUUCCAUCAAUUUGGAUGUAAACAUUAUCACAUCUUAUUUUCAUGGAUAUGUAAUGUAUUACCAUUUUUUUUAAAUGUCAUUCUGUUCACUGUUUGUUUAGUAAUCUUCUUUUUGUUGCAGCUAAAUGGCGAUUCAUAUGCUAAAGCACAGAGGGUACUCAGGUUAAUAACUGGCGGUGGCCUUACCAUCACAGGAUCUCACAUCUUGUGCGGAGACUUCUUGUACAGUGGCCAUACAGUCAUGCUCACGCUCACUUACUUGUUUAUCAAAGAAUGUAAGUGCUACAUUUAUUAAUGUAUAAAUGUUAUUGUAAAUGAAAGCAAAAAUACUCUGGGUAUUUGUUCAAAUAAUAAUAAAAGAACAUGGACCUGAAAUUGUUCAAAAAUAGGCCUAAAUAUUUAAAGAAAAGAAAAAAGAGCAGACCAUUUUAAGCUACCCAACAUGAGCUUAGAACCUCUUGUUAGUAAUCCCAUUUACUAUUCUACCAGCAGGUAAAUAUAGAGGUAGAGGUGAUGAGACAAAUGGAGGGGUAGAGAGGAUGAGACACAUGCAGGGGUAGGGAGGAUGAGACACAUGGAGGGAUAGGGGGGAUGAGACACAUGGAGGGAUAGGGGGGAUGAGACACGUGGAGGGGUAAGGGGGAUGAGACACAUGGAGGGGUCGGGGGGAUGAGACACAUGGGGGGGGAGGGGGCUGGGGGUGCCCACGGUAGUUUUUGCCCGGUGGUUUCUAGUUACACAUCUGAAACCAGAUUUGGUGUCUAUCCUGGUUUGUUUGUAUUUUAUUGUAUUUGACACUUAGGUAAGUGUCUGCCUAGGUUUGCACCCUGUUGAUUUAAUUUGAUUAUAUAUAGUGUUUACCUCCUUAUACAAAUUGUUGUUGUGAAUGUGUGACUGCACAUGCCAAAUGUGGGAAUUAAGAAAGAUGAAGUGGCUGAGAGAGAAAAUAUAGGGACCUCUCUAGAUAGAGAUGAAUGGGAACAUUGGGGGCCAUAAAGUAUCAAUCGGUAUGGUUCUUCAGGAACUGUAAAACAAAAUGUUAUGAGAUGGUUUGUAACACCUACCUGUGGUGAAACUGACCGUGCCACUUUUUUUGGAGGGGCUUGUUUGCCAGACUCCUGCCCUGUCACUAUGGUGCUGUGGUGAACUUUGGGCUAAAAACACGGUUCGUGCCUUUUUCCCUGCUAUGGUGCAGUAUAUGGGGCUUGUCGAAUGGAUUAGGCUUAUGGUGUUCAUUUAUCAAACAAACUGACGAACAGCCAGACCACCCACAAGUGGAGUGUGCAGCCUUUUAACCUCCCAGAAGCUGUGAAGGAGGCUGCAUCUACCCUGGGGAUUGCUAUAUAACCCCAGGGAAUAUAAUCACUAAGCUCUUUUAAGAUCUGUUCCUGUUACUCUUUCUUGGAGGAGAGGUUCCCCCACUGGAAGCUGGAUCCUGGUCUUGGGUCCAGGGUGGGUGGAAGACGGCAAGUCCCAGUCAAGCUGUAAUGCUGGACGUGGGGACUGCGGUGCUGAUGGUGUCUGGUGGAGUGCUUGGAGUCCUCAGGGAGCGCUAGGAGCAUCCGUCGGCGGAGGUACCCAAGCGGGGUACAGGAAGCUCCGUUACACUACCCUUAUGGUAUCCUGGGUAGUAUGAAAAAUCCACUAGUAAUGAGUUUUGAGAAAACUGAUUUGGGGUCCAAUUGAAAAAACGUGUCAGGAGAAAUUUUAUGUGAAUCUGAAAAUCUGCCUUCAUGGAUGUACUUUCUUUCCAAACCGAUACACAAUUUCAUUACUUAAGAAAAUAAAGUAAUAUAUAAACAGCAACAGUACUAGGGGUGGUGUCACCCAGUGUGGUGACUCAUGGUGUCAUCCCCUCAAUAGACUGCCUCCCAUACCUGACCAUCGUCUUGAUUUAAUAUAUUUUUUUAUAAGCUUUUCAAAUGAUUUAUUAGUUUGAAAAAAUAUUUUGGUAUUUUUUUUUAUAUAUUUCUAUAUUCUUGUUCUGAGUUCCAGCUCUCUGGGUCAGUGUUUCCAUAGGAUUCCAUGGCAACACUCCAAUACUAUUAGUGAUCAUGCCAGAGCUUUCAAAAGGGAUAUGUAAGGUAUCCACCUGACAAAGGUUUAGAUCAAAAGGUCUCUGGGCCCACUUAUAGUGGGCGAGCCAAGGCGUGAUUUUAUUUUGCUCCCUAAUUGGGGAGCCCCAAGACAGCUGCCUGUGCUGCCAUAAGGUAGUGUUAGCCUUGUUGUCACCCAGUGUGGUCUGUAACCCAUCUUGUAAACCCUGGCUGCCAGAUGGGUUCUUACUGUAAAGAUAAGGAUUACUAGCUUGAUCAUGUGGUCUACGCCACUCUUACUGGUGGGUGUGGACUGUGUAGUAUAACAGUAGGUCUCAUGGAGCCCAUCAAGCUAAGUUUAUGCAUGCUAACUCAAUCACAGUAAUGAACCUGUGGCUUUGAGGAGUUUUCUCCCCCCUUAAUUCUUUCCUGUAUUUUACAUUCUUUCCAACUGUUUUUAUGUUUUACAUUCAAAGUUGGUGACUCACUGUUUUGAUGACAUGUUCUAAUCAGCCAAUUACCUCUAAAAUUUCCAGUAUAACAUUAAAGUCUUUAUAUAUAUAUAUAUAUAUAUAUAUAUAUAAAUAUAUAUAUAUAUACAUACAUAUAUUUACAUCCCUAUAGACUGUAAGCUCGUUUGAACCUAUUGUUCCUGUAAGUUUUCUUGUAAUUGUCCUAUUUAUAGCUAAAUCCCCCCUCUUAUAAUAUUGUAAAGUGCUACGGAAUCUGUUGGCGAUAUAUAAAUGGCAAUAAUAAUAAUAAUCUUGAGAGCUAGAGCAGCAGAAGCAGUUGAGUGUUUUAAUUUCUAUUGCUAUUUUGAUUUUUUGUUUUCUUUUCGGGUGGGUGUGGGUGUGGGUGUGUGUGUGUGUGUGUGUGUGGGGGUUAUAGUGAUCAAUCCUCUCUCUGCUAAUCAUAAUGAGGUUGCUAAAUUUGUCAAGAAGCCAUGUGCUUGAUUUCCUCCAAAUUACUAUUUGAUGCCAUAUCUUAAAACCAGAACACCAUUUACUGUGCAUCCUGUCAUUACCAGCAUUCUGCUCUGCUAGCCAAGUCACUUAUCACUGUUAUGAGCUUCAGGAUGCAAAUUGUUGUAAUGAUUUCCAUUUAUAGCUGCACAUAUAAGGAGGGAUACUGUAUUGUUGUUCUUAACAUUGUAACGUGUAUUUAUAUUAUUUACCUGGAAUUGAAUGUGCACCUACUUUUCCCUUAUGAGGCACAAAUCUUGGCACAACCACAUUUACCUUUAUGUUUAAUAUAUAUUAAAUGUAUACCUUUUCAAUGUGUUAUUUAACCAAUACACCUAAUAUAAAAUAACACACAAAUGGAUACACUGCAUCACAGUGGAGAGAGAUUCAUUUCAUAUAUGUAAAACAAAAUGCAUGUGAACCAAAUGGAACACUUUAAUGUUAAAACCAGAUAUAUUUAUUUUUAAUGUUUAGAUUGUUCCUUGGUGUAUUCAGGACCCCAUGCCCCCCUUUUAAGGGUAAAACAAAAUAAACUCGCCAUAAACAAAUUAUCUAGUUUUAAUAUAAAUUGUUUUUGCAAUCUCCUCAUCUCCUUUUCCAUUAAGUAUUAAUUUAAGAAUCAUAACUACUACAGCAUUGCCCUGUUUCCCUGGGUCUUGUUGGAAUAUGCACAGAAUUGACAUUAGCCAGUCUGAAAAUCUGGCUCAGGCUGGCUAAUUUCGCCCCCAUGACACUGCUGGAAGUAGAAUUACAUUUCCAGUAGCAGAGGGGUUAAACUAUGUAUGCUUAGCGUAUCAAUGCGAGACGCUGCAUGUACAGGCACCAUGUCCACUUUAAAUCAUGUGAAGUGGCUAUGGUGUUUGGAGUAACUUUACAUUUCUUGUCAUUGACUGAAACCUAGAUCUCUCCCCUGACACACUACAUUUGCCCUCCUAUCAUACAGUUGGUUGUAGGUCUAGCCAUGCUAAGCAUGGUGGUGUGGGUUUUUUGCUAUUCCUUCUAUCCUUUGCCACUUGUCCCUCACUCUACUUUUCCUCUUUUGACGUCCACUCCCACAGUCUUUUCAAUCCUCUCUCAGCCUGUGUUGCCAACAUCUCUACUAACAUCUAUAUUAACCAACUGAACAACUAAAUAACCUCUGGAUUUCUAUCACCUCCUAUGUUUUCCUCAUGCAAUGGACUAACUCCCCUACACACAUAUAGUUUUCCAGUCUUUUCUUUGUCUAUAAAAUAUCUGACAUAAAUAUUCUUCUGUCUGAUCACUGUCUUCUAAUCUCCACUGUCAACAUCUUAAAUUUAGUUAGUCUCGGAUAAUUAGAAAUCUAAGCUUCCUUGAUCUACGUCACUUCUCUUUCUUUCUCUAGUAUCCCCCUCCUCUUUCAACUCUCCCCUGUCCCACUUAAGCUUCUUAUACUACAAUUUUGUCUUGUCUACAGCUCUAGCCAUAGCUGCACCAGUUCAAGCUCCCUCUAAGCACCAGCCACUCCUUCAACCCUGACACAGCAAGCUCACCUGCAAUCACUAACGAUUACUGCAGAACAUUGUUGGAGUUAAAUCUAACACCACACUGACUUCUUAAAUCACAAAUUCAUGCUGCAAUCCUAUACUGGAUAUCAAAAGGGCCUACUGAUAUAUUUUAUUUACAAUGAUUGUAAUAUGUUAAAAAUGACUUACAAGUAGGUAAUAUGGUCAUAAUUCAAUUUACCAAGUGUAAAACAUAGUUACAUAGUUAUAUAGCUGAAAAGAGACUUGUGUCCAUCAAGUUAAGCCUUCCUCACAUUUGUAUUUUGCUGUUAAUCCAAAAGAAGGAAAAAACCCAGUUUGAAGCACUUCCAAAUUUGCAACAAACUAGGAAAAAAUUAAUUAUUGACCCUAGAAUGGCAGUCAGAUUUAUCCUUGAAACAAGCAGCUAUUACCCUACAUUGAAAAAUUAGAUCCUUGAAUAAUCUGUUUUUGCAAGAAUGCAUUUAGUUGCUGUUUAAACAUCUGUAUGGACUUUGAUAAAACCACUUCUUCAGGCAGAGAAUUCUACAUCCUUAUUGUUCUUACAGUAAAAAAAAAACUUUCCUUUGCCUUAGAGGAAAUUUUCUUUCUUCCAAUCUAAAAGCAUGGCCUCGUGUCCUAUGUAAAGUCCGGUUUGUGAAUAGAUUUCCACACAAUGGUUUGUAUUAGACCCGAAUAUAUUUGUAUAAUGUUAUAUCCCAUCUCAGGCGAUGUUUUUCUAAACUAAAGAGGUUUAAAUUUGUUAACCUUUCUUCAUAGCUGAUAUGUUCCAUUCCUUUUAUUAAUUUUGUAGCCCGCUUCUGCACUUUUUCUAGUGCCAUAAUAUCCUUCUUUAGAAAAGGUGCCUAAAAUUGCACGGCAUAUUCAAUAUGUGGUCUUACCAGUGAUUUAUAAAGAGGCAAAAUGAUAUUCUCAUCCUGAGAAUGAAUGCCCUUUUUCAUGCAUGACAACACCUUACUGGCCUUAGCCACUGCUGAUUGACAUUCCACAUUGGUGAAUAGUUUGUUAUCUAGAACAAUCCCCAAGUCCUUUUCGUGAAUCCCCAAGUUCUUUUCACAUGGUGGAAUAAAGAUGAAAAUAAACCAUCUGCAUCACACCAGUGGCAGAAAAUCAAUUUUAAAAUAGUGCACAACCUGUAUCAACUGACAUCGUCCUCAAAAUGCAUAUGUCCUUCUGCUGCUGAUGGACCAUUGGCUUUUAAGAUGUUUAAUUUAGUUUGGUAUUUGUGUUUUUAGUUCUGUGAACGCUUACUUGAUCAUCUUCACUUCUGUAAUUUAAAUAUUUUCUGUCUUGCAGACUCUCCCCGUCACUUUUGGUGGUACCACCUAAUCUGCUGGUUUCUAAGUGCUACCGGAGUGAUCUGUAUUUUAGUUGCUCGUGAACACUACACAGUCGAUGUUGUAGUUGCAUAUUUUGUCACCACAAGACUGUUUUGGUGGUAUCAUGCAAUAGCUAAUGAAAAGGUAAGAGAUUAGAAAAUCCUGUCUUCACACAAAACUGUCUAUUAAAUUUUUAAGUAUGGUAGCUAACAAAUAUAAGUCAAAUGAUCAUCACAUGUCAAUUUAAGGACGCACACACUGUGCCUUCGAUUUGACCUAUCAAGGUCUUGUGAGUGCUCUUAUUGAGAUAUCUGGAACACAACUGGAUGAAAGACAGGUAGAAAGGGAAUUAAAGGGAUAUUAUAGUGCCCUCUGGUCCCUACUUCCCUCACACCUCCCCCUCUCCCCCGCCCCCAGGAACAUAAAGGGUUUUAAAAAAAAAACUUUAUUUACUCGCCAAUUGUCAUCCGAUGGGUGGACCUAAUGGCAUGGUCGUCGAACUCAGUAGGCCCUCCCCAUAGGAAAGCAUUGCCCCCCCUCAGGGUCCCACUCUCGCCGGGCUGAGGGGGGAGGAAGGGGUUAAACUCUUACCUUACUCCAGCGCCGGGCUCCCUCAGUGCUGGGGAACUCUCCUCCAUCUUCCGACGUGAGCAAGAGCCGCGUGCGCAUUCAAUCAGUCCAUAGGAAAGCAUUUCUCAAUGCUUUCCUAUGGACAUCCGCGUCUUCUCACUGUGAUUUUCACAGUGAGAAGCGCGGAAGCACCUCUAGCGGCUGUCAAUGAGACAGCCACUAGAGGCCGGGUUAACACUAGAGGGACCUGGCACCCAGACCACUUCAUUGAGCUGAAGUGGUCUGGGUGCCUAUAGUGGUCCUUUAUGUUGUGGAAAAUGGCAAGCAAAGAAGGACUUUGAAAAGUAAAGACAAACUUUUAUCUCAGAAAAGGUAUUGAGAGAUUAAUACGGAAAGCACACUUCAACUGAUAUAGAGAAAAGCACCAACAGCACACAGCUGGUUCCAAACAGUGCAGGCCAUGAACUUCAAUUGAUAACACAGUAGUCGAUCAGGAACUCAGAGUGUUUUAGGUUCAUGGUGGAUGGAAUAACGGUACCUAAAGCACCCUUCCAAUACCUGGCAAUAACUGUGGAAAUAAUUAUUUUAAUCAGCUAAUUAAAAUCAUUUAUUUAUUUAUAAUGUUGUCCUUUAAAGGACCACUAUAGUGCCCUGAGGGUGGCCCCACCCUCAGGGUCCCACUCCCGUGGUGCUGAAGGGCGAGGAAGGGGUUAAUCCCUUACCUUUUUUCCAGCGCCGGGCUCCCUCAGCGCUGGGACUCUCCUUCCUCUUCUGACGUCCCUGGCUCUAAAAUCUGUUUAGCUGCAUGCUUUUUAGAUGAGAUUUUUCCACUGAAUAAUUAAGUAGGUAGAGAUGUAUUUUGUUUGUUUAGUUUGUGAAUGUCAGUGAAUCAGAUGUUCUAUGCAAACCAGUUUAUGAUUUGUGCUCAUUGUAUGCUAACUUUAUUCAGGGUCUGUAAUGCAAUUGAUAUUUUUUGAUUAUAUUAUGGGUAAGAGGAAAUUAAUAUGUAAUAAACAAUGUCUUAAAAGGAAUUUAGCUCUAUCAAUAGAGAACUACUAAAAGAACAGAUUACUGUGCAAAACAUGUGAUAUUACACCAUAGCUACAGAGCUUUGGCAAAAGAUGAAACUUCUAUUCCUGCUGACUGUUAAGUCUGAAAAAUUAAUGUUUUAAUCAUCAUGAUGAUUGCCAGUAUAAUGUAGUACUCUGAAUAAAAGUUCAUAUACUUGAGAAUCUGUUAGUGUCAUCUUUCAAAAUAUGCUAGGUAAGUUUUCAUAUAGCAUAAUAUGCAGACAUGACUCAACAGUAGGUAGCAGGUGUAUCCCUGUUUCUUUUAAAUAUCAGUGUGCAAUUAUACCACUCAUGUAGCAUAGUGUCCUGUCUAACUGGCACCUCCAGCAUUUCACAUUGUCUGUGCCAGUGAUACGAGUUAACCAAGCUAGAACUGUAUACCACCUGUAUGCUAUUUGACGUAUAAUUUCUAUGUGUGAUGCACAGAAUGUAAGCCCCUUAUGGAUUUAAAACACAUUUAUCCAUCUGUCUGAAGCAAUAAUGCACCCUAAUUCUUUGUGCUAUGCCGGGACAAAUCUGUGAGGCUGCAGAGACGCCCCCCCCCCUUCACAUAUCCAUAGAAAUAGAGAGUACUUUAACAACCAGUAUGUUUAACACAUUUUCUCCAAAAUGGACAGCUGUCCAAUCAGCUCUUGGAGGCUGGCUAUUUAGGAGCUUAAGAAUUGCAAAUAAGAGUGCAUACAGGGACCGCAGUUUUCGAAAGGGAAUAAUCUUCCCAUCUUUGAACACCUGAUACAUGGACCUUACCCCUCCCAUCUCCCACAGUUCGUAAUACAAGGAUAAUGAGAGAACACCCCGUAUAUAACUGAUUUGCCGUAGACCACAAUGAAGAUUUACAAUAGUUGGCAACCAAUUGCGCAGAACUAUUUUCGUGGAUUGUAGUAACAUGUUUGGGAAGGAUGGUCUUAAAUGGCCCCCCUACAGAGCCCUUCUAUAGUAGUCUUUAAUGUGUGGUAAGCCCAGGGCACCCUCGGAAGCCGGUUUGUGCAAAAUAUUGGCAGCUACUCUGGAUUUUUUAUUCUGUCAAACAAAGGUUGUAAAGUCCCUCAAAUUCGAUUUGAACAUGUAAAUGCAAAUUUCAAAAAAGAUAUCGGAUAUCUUAAGAAAAGGGGCCAUUUUUAAAGCUGUGAUUCGACUGGUCCAGGAUUAAAACUUUCCCUCCAAAGUCUUAAAGGGACAUUCCACUGACUAAAUACUGUUUAGUAGGUAUACCCCAAAUGAAAUCUUGCAUGCAUUUAAUAAUGCAUUUUUUCACUGUAGUUAUAUCUAAAAACCGCUUGCAAAAACUGCAGAUCUGUUGCCUGUGCAAGCCCUCCUCUCCUAACCUCACCCAGACUAUGUAACUGUUCAAUCACAGACUUCCCAGUGCAGCUCAAUGAGAAGUUUUUGCUAGGCAGAUGCUCUGGACAAUUGCUGCCUUUUGAGUUCAGUGCAAAUAAGCUAAGCAUACCAGGAAGUAACGGGGCCUGUUGUCUGCUUAAUUGUUAAUUUCUAGUGAAAUCUGCACUAUUUCGAAAAUAUAAAAGAGGACACACUUUUCACACAUGUGCUAUUUGCUUGAAGGCAUUUGUGUAAAUUUGGUUAGGAAAUCAAGGGAUGUGUUAGAAUAAGCAAUGCAUUGUCAGCAAAUAGAUUGACCCCAAAUUCCCUGUCUCCUAGUCUAAUUCCUCAAACAUCUGGGUUUGCUCUUAUGGAGAAACAGUGAAACAGAUAGCCAGCAUAGGCGUGUGCAGCCUAUUGCUUUAGGGUGCAUUAGGGUGUGCACCCUAAAGCACAAACACACGCCGGAUGUGUAUAUAUGUAUAUAUAUAUAUAUAUAUAUAUAUAUAUAUAUAAAAUAAACAAUACACAAAAGCAUGUUAAGGUGAUUGGCCACCCCCCAUGUUUUAUAUAUAUAUAUAUAUAUAUAUAUAUAUAUAUGUAUAUAUAUGUAUGUGUAUACAAAACAACAAUAAUUCCUGCACUCCAACCCAAAAAAUGUUGAUACCUGGUGCUCUGGUUGCAAAAUUAAUAAAUCCAAACCCUCACACACACAGUACACACACACACACACACACACACACACAAACAGCACCCUCACAAAUACACAACACACACAUCACACAAACGGCACCAUUACACACACAUCACACAGCACAGUAACAGGACCCUAACAAACACACACACACAAACACCCUCACACACAGCACACUAACAGCACCCUCACACAUAAACAGCACCCACACAAACACCCUCACCCACAUAGCACACUAACAGCACCCUCACACACACACAUCACACUAACAGCACCCUCACACACACUAACAGCACACACAGCAGUGUAUGUGUGUAUAUAUAUAUAUAUGUAUAUAUAUAUACACACAUAUAUAAAUCCAAAAAAUUACCGGCACUCACGGUUUUCUCAAUCCAAACAAAUUCUCUUUAUUUUCUCUUUAUUCCAAAUCCACCAUCAGAUGGUGGAUUUGGAAUAAAGAGAAAUUGUUUGGAUUGAGAAAACCGUGAGUGCCGGUAAUUUUUUGGAUUUAUAUAUGUGUGUAUAUAUAUAUAUAUACAUAUAUAUAUACAGGGAGUGCAGAAUUAUUAGGCAAGUUGUAUUUUUGAGGAUUAAUUUUAUUAUUGAACAACAACCAUGUUUUCAAUGAACCCAAAAAACUCAUUAAUAUCAAAGCUGAAUAUUUUUGGAAGUAGUUUUUAGUUUGUUUUUAGUUAUAGCUAUGUUAGGGGAUAUCUGUGUGUGCAGGUGACUAUUACUGUGCAUAAUUAUUAGGCAACUUAACAAAAAACAAAUAUAUACCCAUUUCAAUUAUUUAUUAUUACCAGUGAAACCAAUAUAACAUCUCAACAUUCACAAAUAUACAUUUCUGACAUUCAAAAACAAAACAAAACAAAUCAGUGACCAAUAUAGCCACCUUUCUUUGCAAGGACACUCAAAAGCCUGCCAUCCAUGGAUUCUGUCAGUGUUUUGAUCUGUUCACCAUCAACAUUGCGUGCAGCAGCAACCACAGCCUCCCAGACACUGUUCAGAGAGGUGUACUGUUUUCCCUCCUUGUAAAUCUCACAUUUGAUGAUGGACCACAGGUUCUCAAUGGGGUUCAGAUCAGGUGAACAAGGAGGCCAUGUCAUUAGAUUUUCUUCUUUUAUACCCUUUCUUGCCAGCCACGCUGUGGAGUACUUGGACGCGUGUGAUGGAGCAUUGUCCUGCAUGAAAAUCAUGUUUUUCUUGAAGGAUGCAGACUUCUUCCUGUACCACUGCUUGAAGAAGGUGUCUUCCAGGAACUGGCAGUAGGACUGGGAGUUGAGCUUGACUCCAUCCUCAACCCGAAAAGGCCCCACAAGCUCAUCUUUGAUGAUACCAGCCCAAACCAGUACUCCACCUCCACCUUGCUGGCGUCUGAGUCGGACUGGAGCUCUCUGCCCUUUACCAAUCCAGCCACGGGCCCAUCCAUCUGGCCCAUCAAGACUCACUCUCAUUUCAUCAGUCCAUAAAACCUUAGAAAAAUCAGUCUUGAGAUAUUUCUUGGCCCAGUCUUGACGUUUCAGCUUGUGUGUCUUGUUCAGUGGUGGUCGUCUUUCAGCCUUUCUUACCUUGGCCAUGUCUCUGAGUAUUGCACACCUUGUGCUUUUGGGCACUCCAGUGAUGUUGCAGCUCUGAAAUAUGGCCAAACUGGUGGCAAGUGGCAUCGUGGCAGCUGCACGCUUGACUUUUCUCAGUUCAUGGGCAGUUAUUUUGCGCCUUGGUUUUUCCACACGCUUCUUGCGACCCUGUUGACUAUUUUGAAUGAAACGCUUGAUUGUUCGAUGAUCACGCUUCAGAAGCUUUGCAAUUUUAAGAGUGCUGCAUCCCUCUGCAAGAUAUCUCACUAUUUUUGACUUUUCUGAGCCUGUCAAGUCCUUCUUUUGACCCAUUUUGCCAAAGGAAAGGAAGUUGCCUAAUAAUUAUGCACACCUGAUAUAGGGUGUUGAUGUCAUUAGACCACACCCCUUCUCAUUACAGAGAUGCACAUCACCUAAUAUGCUUAAUUGGUAGUAGGCUUUCGAGCCUAUACAGCUUGGAGUAAGACAACAUGCAUAAAGAGGAUGAUGUGGUCAAAAUACUCAUUUGCCUAAUAAUUCUGCACUCCCUGUAUACACACAUACACUGCUGUGUGUGCUGUUAGUGUGUGUGAGGGUGCUGUUAGUGUGAUGUGUGUGUGUGAGGGUGCUGUUAGUGUGCUAUGUGGGUGAGGGUGUUUGUGUGGGUGCUGUUUAUGUGUGAGGGUGCUGUUAGUGUGCUGUGUGUGAGGGUGUUUGUGUGUGUGUGUUUGGGUCCUGUUACUGUGCUGUGUGUGUGUGAUGUGUGUGUAAUGGUGCCGUUUGUGUGAUGUGUGUGGGUGUUGUGUAUUUGUGAGGGUGCUGUUUGUGUGUGUGUGUGUGUGUGUGUGUGUACUGUGUGUGUGAGGGUGCUGUAUGUGUACUGUAUGUGUGUGGGUGCUGUUUGUGUGAGUGUGCUGUAUGUGUGUAGGUGCUGUGUGUGUGUGUGUGGGUGCUGUAUGUGUGUGUGUGUGCUGUAUGUUUGGAAGGAUUGUGGAGGUGGGGGCAGAUUAGUAAAUAUCCCCCCUCCCUUCUUACCGCGGCUGGUUCCCUUAUUUACCACUAUAAUGUCUUAAAGCAUAGAACUUAGUAGGGCUAACCAUACAAAUAUCUUAGCCAUAAUUUUAUAUAGUUAGUGUAAGAGAUCCUCUAUUUAACAUAUAUAAAUAAUUGAGAAUACAGUAUAAAAUAAGAAUUGUCUUGGAAGCAAUACAGUUUUGUCUUUUUGAUAUUUAUUUUAUAAAAAUAUAAAUAUAGACAUAAAAUCCAUAUAGCAGAGUUUCUAAGAUUAAACUAAAUGCUUGCAAAUAUCAUUAAUAGGUUAACAUACCCUUCUGAAGAUGUCAUCAUGUCAGCCUCUCUGUCAUUUUAAGAUGGAGCAGCGUCUGUCUCAAAGUCUCUCCUCUGUUUUUUAACAUUUUAAAAGUACACCUAUUUAUACCAUAGGUGUCUUCAUUUUAGGGUCUCUGUAGUUCAUAUAUGAAAAAGUAACACUUCUUUUACUUUAUUCAUUUUAGGAACUCCCUUAAUUUGGCAAGCAUACAAGGCCAUAACUAAAGGGUGCAUACGUCAUGGAAAUUUUCCUGACUUAGUUCAAGAUGGCAUCUUAAAGUCUGAAUAGGUUAUCUGUUGUUUAUACUAAGACGUAAGUGCACAGUCGUGUGAGAUUCCCGGAUUUGGGGAAGUUCCAUUAAAGGACCACUAUAGACACCCAGGCCACUUCAGCUUAAUAAAGUGGUCUGGGUGCCUGGUCCAGCUAGGGUUAACCCAUUUUUUUUUUAUAAACAUAGCAGUUUCAGAGAAACUGCUAUGUUUAUAAAUAGGUUAAUCCAGCAUCUAAAGCCUCUAGUGGCUGUUUCAUUGACAGCCGCUAGAGGCGUUUGCGUGCUUCUCACUGUGAAAAUCACAGUGAGAAGACGCAAGCAUCCAUAGGAAAGCACCAUCCCUGGUGGCUCCUGCCGUGCAUGCGCAUUCAGCCAAAGAGGAGGAGAGGAGGAGGAGAGCUCCCCGCCCGGCGCUGGAGAAAGAGGUAAGUUUAACCCCUUCCUGGCGGGAGGGGGACCCUGAGGGUGGGGAAACAAGUAUGUUUUCCUGGCACUAUAGUGGUCCUUUAACUUGAGGUUACCACAGUAUAUUGUGUACUGAAAGAGUCGUAGUAUAGCCUUGAAGCUUGUUUAUGCAUUAUUGUUAUUGUAAUUUGUCUGGGACAAAAUGGCGCAAACAUAUUAUGCACUGAGGUUAUUGCUUAAAGAAACAUCUAUGAAAACCAAUAUGUUCCAUUUCUAACACCUUGUCAAUUUGCAAUAUCUCUUAAAGACAAAGUACACAAUUUAAGAAAUACAACAUUUCAUUCUAAAACUUGCCCAUAACAAUGUAGGGAGGGGGGAUCUUUGCUGCCAUGUGCCAUCCCUGGUGGUCCAGUGGAGAGUGAACUCUAGCCUCCGGGGCUAGAGUUAACCCUUGCGAGAUCUGAGCGUUGCCGUGGUGUCUAGAGCUCCCCGGGUCCUCUCCUGCCUCCCUCCAUGCUGCUGUGGGCUGGUGAGAUAGAUCUCCCCGUCGGCCCAUGGAGGCUUAGAGCAGAGCCGGCACUCAGAUGUCGGCGGCACUGCGUGAGCAGACAGGGGAGAUCCGGAGACCUCCGGAGAAGUCCUGGGGAAUAAAGUGUGGGAACUCUCCCAAGAUUUCCACCCCCCAAAAAAAUAAUAUACACGUGUGUGUGUGUGUGUAUAUGUAUAUAUAUAUAUGCGCACACACACACUGACACACAUAUACAGACACACAUAUAUAUAUAUGCGUGCACACACAUACUCACACACCCACAUACAUUCACAGACACACACACACAUUCACAGACACACACACUCAUACGCUCACAGACACACACUCACAGACACACACACAUACACUCACAGACACACAUACUAACAGACACACACACACACACUCACAGACACACACACAUACAUUCACAGACACACACACAUACAAAUUAUUAUUUUUUAAUUAAAAAAUGUCCACCCAGCCUCCCUAUCUCCCCCUGGGGUCCAGUGGGUCGGGUGCCUGUCUCUAGAUCAGAUGCGGUGAGGGAGCUGUGUCCUCUUUGCUCCCUCUCGCCACGCAGGCUGUCUACAGUAGCUGGGAGCCGGAAUAUGACGGCUCCCAGCAUCAGCGGUGCGAGGGAGCGUAGUGGACACAGCUCCCUCGCCGCGUCUGAUCUGGAGACAAGCACACGACCGAGGGGGGAACAAGGGUGGGAGGAAGGGGGCAUUUGGGGGCGCUGAGUGCCUGCAGGAACAGCGUUCCUGCUCAAAAAAGUGCAGGAACACUGUUCCUGCAGGACUCAAUCCAUAGGCGUGCAGCGGGGAUUAUGGUGUGCCCAGGCACACCCGGCACACCCCGUGUGCACGCCUAUGAUAGCCAGGGAAUCAUGGGAGUUGUAGUUUAGCAACAUCUGGGGGCCGCAGGUUGGACAGCCCUGCUAUAAACUGCUGACCUAUACCUGCCCGGAAACUUAAACUUAACCACGACCACCUUUAAAAAUCACAUUCAAAUGCUUUUUCAGCAGAGUGAUGGCGACACUCCAUCUUCUCCUGAGCAUUAUAAACUGUACAUUAGGUCCAAGAUUUUCCUGGUGGUAUCCCGUCUUCUUCUUAUAAACCCCAUUUGGUCACUAUGUAUUAAGUGUAAAAGGAUAUCAUAAAGUCUAUCAGCAUAUAUUUUAGCUCAGAUUUAUACAUCUGUGUUUAACUGAAAAAUAGGCAAACAUUUUGGCUUGGUCUUGUGUUAAUGUCGGCAAGGCAAUAUUUUAAGUAGGGUUUAGUACCUUUAUGUGUUGAUUAUGUAUUUGAUGUGUUUAAAUUGUACAAUUUGGUAUAAUAUUGUGUGACUUUGUAACUUAUGUCAGCAGGUGCUAUAACUUUUUGUCCUAUGGGGGAAAGGAGUUAAACAUUUUUCAAUUGUACCAGUUUGUCUUUAAACUUUCUGCUAAAACCAUUCUCAGCCCUGUUACCAUGUUCAAACUGCUGAGCUUUCAGUCUUUUCAAACAAAAACAGACUAUGUGCCGGCUGGUCGCAUUAAUCCAUUUCUUGAGCCCAAUGGUUUUCUCUUUUAGCUCAGAAGAAGAAGCUAUUUGAUUACUUCUCCUAAGAUCAUACAGUUGUUUGUGCCAAUCCUGUGACUUUUAUUGGUAUUGUUUUUUUAAGCAUAGAUGCUCUCUGGAUUUGAAGUUCCCAGAUUAUGUGUGCUGAGACUCCAGAGUCUUUAUUAAGCUUGAAGUAAAGUGCUAUUUUAUUUUGCAAUGUGUCAGAAAAGCCUGUGUCAUAUCCUCCAUGGACUGCGGCCCUGUCAAUCGUACUAGUCCUUUAAUGACAGGAGUACAAGAGCAUGGUCUGACUAUGAUACCAAACCAAUCGAACAGUUUAACAUCUGUGAUAAAUGUGAGCCUCGCGUAAAGUAUCCAUAUAUUCUGGAAUAGGUUUUAUAGACUUGAGAGAAACAGGUGUAUUCUCUUACACCUUUAAGUGAACUCCAUACAUCGUGUUGAAGCAAUAGUUUUGAAAAAAGCCCUACAUUGUGUUUUAAGAGUGCGGGCUGUUCCUUUAAUUGUGUAAUUAUAAAUGUCAGAAGCGAAGGUUCCAUCUUUAAAGCUUGUAAUACAAUGGCAUGUGUAAGCAAGAAUCUAGAAGUAAUGAUCCUGAUAUUAGACUGUAAUAACUCCUUCCUCAGUGGUGAUAUUAAAACCUCCCUAUCAUGUCUGUAUUUUCCCCCUAUUCUCAUUAUACUGAUGGUACAUGAACCAUAUAUUGCAAGAUGUCUUAAUAUUGUUAUUUUGUUUGUUUAUUUUUUACUCUUUAGGCAUUAAAGUCUUCAUCACCUACAAACUUCCUUUCUCGAGUUUGGUGGUUUCCAGUGUUUUCCUUCUUCGAGAAGAACGUCCAAGCCAGUAUCCCAUGUUGCUUUUCCUGGCCGAUCACCUGGCCUCCUAGCUGCUUUAAAUCUUCGUGUAAAACAUAUUCAAGGGUUCAAAAGACAGGAGAGGACAAUGAAAAAUCUACCUGA